GUGACGCUGCCACAGUGCCGGCCGUGUGCAGCGUGGGCUCCCGCAGCCAUUGCAGCACAGAGAGGUCCCCGCUCGAGUGUCACGGCGCAGGCUCGCUGCAGCGCAGCCGCUCUGAGGUGAGUGCCCUACCGCGCAAUCUCCAGCUAUCUCAGCCCUGCUGGCGCAGCCGCAACACGGAGCUCGGGCUCCGGGGCUCAGCCAGCAGCUCCGCCCUGCUCACAGCUCGCUGGGGAGCUCUGCGGGAGACUGGAGCCGCGGACCGGCUGUGGUGGGGGGGAGUCCGGUGAUGGCGGGCAGGAGGCAGCAGGCCGCACUAGGCCCCUGUCUAAUAGAAUUGCCCGGGUUAGGUUGUGUUCCAUAUUGAUUAGGCCGAAUGGUAAACAUUCCAUCUACCGAAUACUGCAGUAAAUGGCCAGACUGACCGUGUGCGUUAUAUGUACCAACCUCACCAACUCGAUCUAUGGCGAUAUGUGUGUAUUACUGUGUGUGAAUCCUAUUACAGUGCUGCUAGCUGGGUAUCACAGGGUGGGUGAUGUAUUGCUAAGGCGCCAUGAGAUCACCAAAAUAGUCCUGCAAAAAGAUAAAUAAUGGGCAUAUUUGCCACUUUUUUUUUUUAUUUUAUUUUUUUUUAUAUUUAUGGUCAUUGAUCGAUGAAAAUCAUAAUCAUGCACUCAUUGAGUUAUGCUGAGUCUCGUAUGUAACAAUAAUGUUCUCAACCAUAAGGGAAAUGUUAGUCCAAAUGUUUUCUCAGUCAGUGUGCAUUUGUGCAUAUUUUAUUUAUUAAGACCUGUUACUGUCCCCUUUAAAGGUACAUUUUUAUGCAAUCUUGUGGUGCACACCAAUACUUUGGGUUACACACUCCAUUUGGCAUAUUUAUAAUUAAGAUUGUUAAAAAAAGGGAAUUGCUUUAAUUGGGUAGAAAAAUAUAUGGUGCGUGUAUCGUGUAAUCCUUUUUGGUUCUCUAUAGCAGAGUUAAGUAACUUUUCACCCUCCAGACGUUGUGGACUACAUCUCUCACAAUGUUCUUUCAGCCAUAUUGAUGGCAAAGCAUCAGGAGAAGUGUAGUUCACAUCUGGAGUGCCAAAGGUUGCCUACCCCUGCUUUAAAGUAUGAAUAUUGGAUUUACUGUGGUGAUACUAUAGUGUUAGGACUGUAGGCAAGGUUGUCUUUUAAUCCUUUAAAGUGCCAUAUGUUGUGAGUCCCUUGUGGGACUGUUAACUCUUAUUGCACACUUACAAAGCCCCCCCUCUCUCUCUUCCGCUAACAAAAAAUCUGCCUUUCAAUCCUUAACAAACUGCUGGCUAUUCCAACAAGAGGUAAUCUCAGAUUUACUAUUCUCAUCGUUCUCUGAAAUAAUUGGCUGAGUAAGUUCUCAGUGGAGCUAUGCUUUUGUUUUGCUUGUUAGACUGCUUAGGUACCAUAACCACUAUAUUAUGAUAGGAGUCCACAGUGCCAUUUAGUAGUAAUUUGUCAAACCAUUUACAACCAUAGUCCUUUCGAUCGCGUAAAGUGUAAGUUUAUAUAUUUGUUAUCUUACCUAAGCAUACCAGGUUUAGAACCAUCAGCUGACACAAACAACCAAUAAAUACUGAAAAAGGGACACUAUGGUGCUGUUUUUGUCAAAAUCCUUUGAACAGUUUUGCAAAACACAGGGCUUUCCCGGAAAAUAAUCCAAGCCCUUCUGCAGGUCAGGUGUUGGGUGCUUCGGGAGCCCCAGUUUUUGAAGGGACUGCACCCCAUAAUAACUAUUAAGCUGUUGUUGCUUUUAUUGUGUUUAGUUACCCAUAAUACAUGUGCCUAGUGCUUUGGAAAAUCCAUUUGAAGGCUCAGAUGGUAGGAAUCUGAAGAGCUGAACACCUUUGUUGGUAAAUCAUUCAAUGUUAGAAUCCUUGUCUACAACAUUUAAAUACUUGUGUUUUCAUUUAUUCACAUGAUUAUGCAGUAUAUUUGAUUUUGCAUACUGUUUUGCCUUGUCAGGAAAAAAUGUUGUGCAUACAAAACAAUUCUCACUGAAGAGACCGAUUGUAUAUAGUGCUUUAAUUCGGGAACUAAACCUGUCUUAUUAUUAAGAUACUUUGAUUUACAAUUGUUUUUCUAAUGUUAGUAGUGAAAUGUGACCAGGAUAGAAGUAAAGGAAGGUUGCUGAUUAGAAUGCCUAUGAACAUUCUGAGUAGCAUAGAAUGAUGUGAAAUAUAUUUUUCAACCCCAUCAACUCUUUGAUUUUCUGUGACUAAUGAAUUGUAGCUAAUUACCAAGGAAACACUUUCUCAAUUGUUCUCUGUUGUAUGCAGCAAUGAGGGUUGUUUUGAAGAAUAUGAUGAACCAAAAAGCUGCAAGCAAGUUCUUUUGUAAAUUAAAUGUAUACCACAUACUGAUUCAUUGAGUCUUUUCAUAACUGCAGUAGAGAUGUAGAAAUGGGCAAAGUUGGCUAAAAACCAGUAUAGGCACUAGUGAUAGACCAAUUAUUGGUUCAGCCAAAUUUUUUUUUUUUAGAGCCGAUAUUUGGCACAUUUCUGGUAAUUGGUAUCAGUCUUGUAAUUUACUGAUAUUACUUAUAGCUCUUCCAGUCACUGCAGUCUUUCACAUCCAUAAACUGAAGCCGCCAGCCAAUGAGAUGCCACUACGACCUCAUGUCACUCUUCCUCCCUGUAAGUCUCCACAUACGGAGCUCCACUGAAGUCAUGAAGCUAAAAUAUUGAAUAAUCGACUGUAGGGCUGGUUUCCUGUGAGUGAUAGGAAUGUGAUUUGCUCUCAGCAAUCACACUCCUAUCAGUAACAGCACUAUGCAUGCUUGGAUCUUUGAUCUCAGCAUGUACUGGCUACUUGAGAAUGAUAGGAGCGUGAUUGCGGUCAGCAUGUUCAGUUAAUGCCAGAUUUGUGUAGAAAUUGAUUCCUUUUAUUAAACGGAUAAUAAAGGAAUCAAAACUACUUUUAGCUUAAAGGAACACUGUAAGGUCAGGAACACUAACAUGUAUUACUGACCCUAUAGUAGUAGUAUCACCAUUUAGGUGGCUUGCUGAAUUAUUGAUGUAUGCUAAUCCAAUGCUUUCACAUAGAAUCAGUGCAUCUUUAUGGGUAAAGUUUAGCGCUGAAUCUCACAUUGUGUAGCACUGCCCCAGAAAGCACCUCCACUGGUCAUUGAAGGUUGGCUUUAAAGAAACACUAUGGAGUCAGGAACACCAUUAUGUAUGCCUGACCCUAUAGUGUUAAAAACACCAUCUUGCUCCCCCCUAAUCCCCUAAAUAUAUAGCAAAGGAGAAAAGGCAGUGUUUACAUUACUGCCUAGGGACACCUCUAGUGGCCACUCAGAUGGACACAAGAAGUGCUUCCUGGGUGUGCAGCACUGUCGUUCAGCACCUCCAUGCUCUCCAUAGAGAUGCAUUGAUUCAAUGCAUUUCUUUUUGGGAGAUUCUAAUUGGCGAAGUGGCAUUUGGGCCUGUCCUUUGGCUGAGAUCCUCAGAAAUGACAAUCUCAGCCAAUCAAAUGCUUUUAUAUGGGGGCAGAGCCUGCUUCAGCAGAGUGGAAUAAAGGUAAGAUUUUACUAAAUUUAGGGGGUACAGGGGAAAGCAAUGUAAUUUGGUGAGAUCAUCAAUUCUGUUAGCCAAGGAGGUGGCUCGGGAGCAGGGCCAGCUAAGUGUUUUUAAAAAAACCCAAAACAUUUAAAUAAGGGUUGGAGUAAUUGCUUUAUCAUAUUACUGAAUUUUUGAGGCCACACUGCAAUGUUGCUUGAAUUACCAUGUUUUGGCCAGGCAGUUGAUAUAUAAUCUUUGUGAGAUUGCAUGUUGUUUCCCAGAGAUUUUACCUAUACCCUAAUUACACACAUCCUGUCUGUAGGAGCACAAGGUUCUACAGUUCUCCAUAUUUGGUUCUUAACUUAGCAAGAUGCAUUCUGGGUCACUAAUUUCAUAAUCUUUGUAAUGUAACCAUUGGUCUUGAGGACUCCUAGUACUCCUAUCCUAGUGGUGUAGUACUUAAUCAAGCUAUAACUAAAGGGACACUAUAGUCACCAGAACAACCAAAGCUUAUUGAAUUUGUUCUAGUGAGUAGAAUCAUUACCAUCAGGCUUUUUGCUGUAAACACUGUCUUUUCAUAGAAAAUGCAGUGUUUACAUUACAGCCUAGUGAUAACUUCACUGGCCACUCCUCAGAUGGCUGUUAGAGAUCCUUCCUGGGUCAUGGCUGCCUAAAAUGCAUCCAAACAUUCAGUGUCUCCUCCCUCUGCAUGCAGACACUGAACUUUCCUCAUAGAGAUUCAUUGAUUCAAUUCAUCUCUAUGAGGAGAUGCUGAUUGGCCAGGGCUGUGUUUGAAUCAUGCUGCCUCUGCCCCUGAUCUGCCUCCUUGUCAGUCUCAGCCAAUCCUAUGGAGAAACAUUGUGAUUGGAUCAGGCUACCACUUCUGAUGAUGUCAGCAGACUGCUUGUUUUUUUGAGUCUAAAAGCAUGCAGAGUUACAGCUUCAGGCUCGAAUACAGUAAGAUAUUUACUAUAUUUAGGGAGGUAUGAGGGGCCCAAGGGGGGCUAGAUGGUGGUUUUAACACUAUAUGGUCAGGAAUACAGGUUUGUGUUCCUGACCCUAUAGUGAUCCUUUGUUUUUCCUAUCCAUGCUUUCAGGAUUUGAAAUAUUACCAUCUCAUAGCAAUAACACAAGUUUUUGUUUUAAACUUUCACUAUUACUAUUAGUACGUUGGUAGGGCAGAACCAUGAUAUUAACCCCACCUAUUCUUUAUUUCUUUUGGAAAGGGAUGAUUUAAAAAAAUUAUAAAAAAUAUAUAUAUAUAUAUUAGUCAACAAGUGUUGUAUGGUAAUUCUAGGCAAGAUUAAAUGAUAUGAUGAGAAACACAAGCAGUUUCUUAUACUAAAAGGUGUUCUAUAGGUGGUAAGCCUAUAUUGAAGUGGAGCGCUUAAAGAAAGAUAAAACGCUUACCUCUCAAUAAUACAAUACAGCUGGGGGUAUAUCAUCAAACUGAGUACAUGAAAUGUAGAAGCAUAAAAAUAUAGUGCAGUUGUUAUGUUAUAGAUAGUGAUUUUUAACAAGUCACAUGGCCUGUAAAUAACUGGCUCAGCAGACAACACCUUUAUGCUCUUAAGGGCAGCAUCACACCCCUCCUGGAUUAAGGACAUAUCUACUCAAGAUAUAUAAGAGGAAAGAGAGAAACAUGCAAUAGUGUAGAUUGUCAUUUUUAUUGUUUUUUUAUUCAACACACACACACACACACACACACACACACUAAGCUCACCUUUGGCAGAGCCUUACAUUCCUGGCUCUGAGGUAGGAAGGCUGGGUGUCACUUUAUGGGGUGACACAUUCCCUUUAGAUGUACAGAAGCCACAGAACCAAAACGGGACACAGAGUGAAUCCAACAAAAACAAUUUAUGGUGUAUGAACAAAAUAAAUCAUUCAAAUAUAGAAUUAUGAGAAAUCAUAAAGCAAUAUAAGCAACUGAAUUAACAAUGUGAAGAAACAAUACAAUUUGCAGGCAAGCAAUGAGAGAUAUCUCAAGGGUAUUAACCGUGGGGUGCCCUGGUGUGUGACACAGCGCUUAUUGGCCACUAUUCCACGGAAGUCAAGUUUACGAGUCAUGUGGGAAACAGUGAUUGAGAAAACUUUACUGAUAGUAAGUGUCAACACGUAUAACAUUAACAUUACAAGGUAUGAUCACAAAUGGCAAGAUUGUGUGGGAUCUACUCCACUUGUUAAAUAGGUUAUCAUCUGUGGGUUGAUGGUUGAGAAUUAUAAUACUAGAAAAGAAUUAUUUGACUUUGAAAUGCACUCGACAUUCGCUCUACGUCAGGAUUAGGUACGGGCCUUUGGUACACAGAUAAGAAAGAUGUGUGCAUGUUAUCUAUAAUGAAAUGAGAGUACAGUGCCAAUGUCUGUCAGAGGAAGAAAUGAGCAGCUGGUAAAACAGAAGUGCAUUGUAGAGUACAUCAAGUAUAUGGGGAGAGUAGAUUUGGCUUAUGAAUGUAUACAGUCUUAUUUGGUCAACUGAAAGACUAGGUAAUGGUACAAACAAAUUGCCAUCUACUUAAAGGGGACACUAUAGUCACCUGAACAACUUUAGCUUAAUGAAGCAGUUUUGGUGUAUAGAACAUGCCCCUGCAGCCUCACUGCUCAAUCCUCUGUCAUUUAGGAGUUAAAUCCCUUUGUUUAUGAACCCUAGUCACACCUCCCUGCAUGUGACUUGCACAGCCUUCCAUAAACACUUCCUGUAAAGAGAUGUUAAUAGCUUGUUAGACCCUGCAAGAGCCUCCUGUAUGUGAUUAAAGUUCAAUUUAGAGAUUGAGAUACAAUUAUUUAAGGUAAAUUAUAUCUGUUUGAAAGUGAAACCAGUUUUUUUUUUUUUCUUUUCAUGCAGGCUCUGUCAAUCAUAGCCAGGGGAGGUGUGGCUAGGGCUGCAUAAACAGAAACAAAGUGAUUUAACUCCUAAAUGACAGGGAAUUGAGCAGUGAAAUUGCAGGGGAAUGAUCUAUACACUAAAACUGCUUCAUUUAGCUAAAGUAAUUUAGGUGGCUAUAGUGUUCCUUUAAGCUAAGUUGCAAUUUUUAAUUCCUAUGUAUUCCUUUAUACAAAUGCAGCCAAUGGGAAGUCACCCAGAAAAAAUAUUGUUUCUACAAAAAGGGAGUUUGAAAGGACUCUAGUUAUUAUAAACCCUUCCUGCCCAUCUCUACCUGCUCUCUGCAUAACAGACUGUUUAAGAGUGUGAACUAUUGAAUCACUUUGUUAGAUUGAUUAUUCUGGCUUCCUGACCUCGACUUGUCUUUAUUAAUUUAACUGUUUAUACCGACUUAUUGGCUUGUACCAACUACUCUUGACUUCUGGAUACCCCUGGCCAUUGCCUGUCCCUGUUUACAUUCAGCCAAGCCAUUAUAAAGUGGGUACAACAAACAACUCAAAAUACUCAAUUUUCUUUCCUGGUCUGCCACGCUGCCUCAAAAGCAACAUCUUUGUCCCUGUAACUUCUGAAAAAACUGGAAAGCCAGAACAUGGGGGGGGGGAAUGGGACUGUUAAUGUAAUAAAGCCUCAAUAUUUUACUUAGCAUUGUCUCACCAAUGCACAUCAGAAUUAUGAAAUAUCCUGAGAAAAUUGAAUUCAUAUGUUUAAAAAAAAAAAAAGUAAAACUUCUAAAUGUGACCUGUAUUUGAGAUAAUGUGGCUAGACCAAACAACUAAAAAUACACCAUUCGGAAAAGUCUGGCUUGCCUACUGUGACGGAGCACCUCCGCCCAGUCUGCUUCCUUGCCGCUAGCAGGGACCCUGGAACACUUCAGACCCCAGUUGCCAAGGCUUGACUGCGGUCCCUCUGGAGCUUUUCCACCCGACUAGGCUGUACGUUGCAGCUUUCCUUUCAGGCACGUAUCGUCCCCUCUGCAGCUCGGCUUAAAGUGUUUGCUAUUGCCUUUACAAAAGAACUUGCGUCCCUCAGGCUUAGCUCAGGGCUAGAGGGACCCUUCAGCUAGCAAACCGGUCCAAGGACUCUGUCACUGGGAUCCCUAAAAAUCCACACAGGACACAAGUUCCAAAAGGAAUAAACAUACACAACUUUUUUACUUGGGACUAGUCCAUAUAUUCUAUAUAAAGAUUACUGUGAAUACUCAAUAGAAAUACAAACCGUCAAAUCACAUUAGACAACAUACAGGAACUUAUAAUAACAUAAUGACAUAUGUAUAAAUGGGUGGGAAAGACCAUAAUUAACACAAAACAUCUCUCCUGUCUGCAGAAAUAGCAAUAUGCAAAUUAACUGAAUAUGCAAAUUUGCAAUCCUUGAUAUUCAGGUAGUACAUACAGUAAUUGCAGCAAUACAGGAGUAACUAGCAGUACAUGAGAGCACACUAACAACGCCAGACAGAGUGGCAUUGAAGAGGGACUAUUGUAAGGGCAAUUGCAUUAUAUAGAGGGGGAAUCCACAUUAGAUGUAUAAAUAGCUAAUACAGCUAAUAAUAAUGUUGUGCAGUAAAGAUUUAUUCUACCCCCUACAUUCAGACUAGACUAAUAUCUGGGGGGAAAGCUAUAAUCACUGCUGCUGUACAGGAGAGAAGGCAUCCAGAGAAGCGCUAUAACCACUGUAGCCUUGUCCAUGGAACGUGAUCCCCUGGUAGCCGUAAAUAAGCAAGCCUAACACAGAUACUCAGCUGGGGUACAGAAGCUACAUUACAUUUCAAAUAUUUGAUGAGAAAUGAAAGCCCUAUUUGUCAUGAACGAAAUUAUAUAUACGAAGUGUGGCUGCACUAAAUAUGAAAGCAGUACAUUAAAUAUUGUAAAGCGCUAUGAAAUCUGUUGGUGCUAUAUAAAUGGCUAUAAUAAUAAUUAUGGUUGUACAAACAUACACUGAUCAUUUAAAACAUUAAACCCACCUGCCUGGUAUUGUGUAGGCCCCCUUGUGCCACCAAAACUGCUCUGAUGCACUGAGGCAUGGAUUCCACAAGACCUCUGAAUGUGUCCUGUGGUAUCUGGCAGAAGAUCCUUUAAGUCAUGGAAGUUGCCAGAUGCUUCCAUGGAUUUGAUGGAUCGAAUGAGAUCUGGAGAAUUUGGAGGCCACCCUCAAACCAUUCUUGAACAAUAUUUGCAGUGUGCAUUAUCGUGCUGAACAAGGCCACUGCCAUUAGUGGACACCAUUGUCAUGGAGAGAUGUACGUUGUCUACAACAAUCUCUAGGUAGGUGGAACAUGUCAAAGUACAAUUGAGAAAUUGUCACGAGCCAAGGUUUCCCAGCAGAACAUUGCCCAGAGUAUAACACUACUUUUGCUGACCUGCCUUCUUCCCAUAAUGCAUUCUCCUGUCAUCUCUUCUCAAGGUAAAUGACACAUGCACCCUACCAUCCACUUAAUCAUCCACCUGACCUAAAAUAAAAAAGGGAAUCCUUCUGCCAUUGAUUGAUGGCCAUUCUGUUUGGCUGGUGGCUACUGUGAUGCCCUGUGUGACACCUUUCUAUCAUGGUCAGCAUUAAGUUUUUCAGCAAUUUGAGCUACAUUACCUCUUCUGUGUGAUUGACCCAUCCAGUUAGCCCUAGCUUCCCAUGUGUAUCUACUAGCCUUAGGGACCCAUAACCUUGACGCUUGCUCACCAGUUGUCCUUUCUUGCACCAGUUUUAGUAGGUAUAACCACUGCAUACUGGGAACACCCCAUACAAGGUGUUUCGGAGAUGCUCUCACCCAGUCUAGCCAUCACUAUUUGUCCCUUGUCAAAGUCACUCAGAUCUUUUCGCUUGCCCAUUUUUCCAACUCCCAACACAUGAAAUUAAAGAUUGACUGUUCACUUACUGCAUAAUAUCACACACCUUGAUAGGUGCCAUUGUAAUGAUAUAAUCAAUGUUAAUCACGUCACCUGUCAGUGUUUUUUUUUUUUUCCCCCCAGAACUUGGGCAUUUGCCUCCUCUUAAGGGUUUAUAGACCCAAGAAUUUGUAUUUAGAUACUGUUUAUAUAGUCAUACUUCUUUCCCUGGAAAAGCACAUGGCUUCAAACAAGAUAUUGACAGGUAUACAAUCCGCUUUAUAUAAUAGGGAUUGAAAAAUAUUUCUAGCCAGUUUUCGAGCAGAAAUGUGUGGCCUAGCAAAGAAAUUUUGUUAUGUGGUACCAUGCAGUAUUUUGAAUGUCCUUUUUAAUUCAUGUAGAAGUCAGAUUGUUUUAGCAUUAGUCUCACUGCUCCAUAAUUACUCAGCUUUAACUCUAGGAGGUUAUAGAGGUUAAAUAAUGAAGUAAGUGACAAGAAUAAUCUUCCAGUCACAAAGCUUCUUCUGAUUAAAGGGCAUGGCAUCAGAGCAAGCAGCUUCGAGAAACCACCCUUGUCUUCGCAGCCUAAAGAUAGCAUUGGAUUCCUCCACACACAGCAUGGUGCCCUGGAGUGGAUUUACGUGCCAUUGCACAUUUCAAAGUGUGUGGAUGGCACUAAAGCCUAAAGUGGGCAAAAUUAUGUAUUGUACCUAUUUCUAUAUUUGCUAACACAAACUACGGAUAAAUAUUGCCAGUUGAAAGGAUGGGGAUAACUUAAACACUCCAUAACAGAGCUUUAUUAUUGCAGAGCUGUGUGAAACUCACACAGACCACGAAUGAAUGUGUACUUGCUGCAAAGUCUUGUGCAGCACAGACUCAGUAAGACUCUAGAUCUGUGUCCUGCUCGAACACAUUGCACAUAUGUGUUGACUGCAGCAGGUCUGAUACCCAUAUGCACAUAGCUGUGAAGAUCUGAUAUCCGCAUACUCAGAAUUUGUGAUUACUGUGGGGGCUGGGAGAGAAAAAUGAUCCAAAAACAUAAGGAAACUAAUGGGACACGAUAGGAGGUGUGAUAUUCUUCUCUUCUUUUUAUGUAAAAUUAAUACCUCCGCAGCAAAUGAAUUUUGCCAUUAUGAAUAUAAUUGAAUGUGUGCUCUUUAACGUCAAACUGCAGAGUCAUGUUAAUUUUGACAGGAGUAUUUAAAUACGUAUACCGGCAGUACACUGGGGUAACCUCCAAAGCAGAUAAGGUUAUUAGUCCCCCUCCUUUUUCACCUGGAGCACCUUUACUGAAAUCAGGACCCUCAAUACUCCUUUUAUAGCAUUGAUGGAUACCUUAUGAUUAUGUAAUGGAUACAAAAGAGACAAAGGUCAAAUACCCUGCUGAUGGACAUUUAUAAAGAUCUGUGCUUUUGACAAUACUGAUUCCAAAAUUCCAGUUUAAUUUAUACGUUAUGACUUCUAGAUAUAAUGUCCAAAACAGUAAAUGUUGAGAGUAUUACAUCCAUGUACCAGGUGUGGAGAAAGCUUAAUGUCUUCCACUAAAUUCAUGUGUUUUAACAUGCCACCCUUAAUCUUUUUAUAUCUUUCAGGUCAGCGUGUGUUUAAAAAAAUCUGUUAAUACCAUUAUCACAUUCAAUGACAUCAUCUUAAACUUCGUGUUAGCUUGUGCUGCACUAAAAACCAAAGCUGUAUUCCUAGCACUAUAGCUCUCUGCCCACCCCACCUCCUUCGUCAACACUGCAAGGGUUAAUAAACUCUAACUGUACUUACCCAAAAUCGGCAUUGGUUCGGUGCUCCGCCUACUCCAAGGUCACCCGACAGGGAACGCAAUAGGCCCUCUCCAUAGGAGAGCAUUACUACAUUGCUUUCCUAUGGGGUUUUGCUUGACUCUGCAUGCAGAGCGUGAGGACAUCUAGCGUCGGGCAACAAAAAGUCGCCUAACUAGAAGGAAGUGCCUCUAGUGCAGGUGUGCCCUAAAGGUAGAUUCCCAGAUAUUUUCAAACUACAACUUCCAUGAUGCUUUGUCAUUCUAAAGGCAUGCAAACCAUCAUGGGUGUUGUAGUUCUACAAUAUCUUGGGAUCUACCUUUAGGGCACACCUGCUGUAGAGGCUGUCUAACAGUCUUACUGCAAUACUUACCGUUGAAGGGUUAAGGGGUCAGGGACAUUGCACCCCGACCACUUAAAUAAGCUGAAGUGGGCUGGGUGCCUAUUGUGUCCUAUUUAAUAACUUCAAUUUUAGAAGCAAGCUGGAACAUAGUGGAAAGGACUUUAAGUACUUCAUCCUUUAAGGUUGUAGAUGGUAAAGAAAUGCAAACAUUACAUUACAUUACAUUGCAGCCUCCACAUGUCACAUGUGAUAAACCCAAAAUGCUUUAUUUGUGCUCACAUGAUCUGCAAUAUGAGAUUCCAUGCCCACAUUAUUUAAGUGGAUGACCAGCUCACAUCCAGGAUGGCAGCCACCUUGAGACAGAAGCAAGUUUAAAUGUAUUAUUUAAAUGAUUGGUUUGCUGGAAACUUAACUGACUUUUUUUUAGCAUAUAUGGUUGAGAGAGCAAAAAAUAUGUAGAAGCAAAGGUUAUUUUUGUAGUACAUUUUUCUUAAUUAUUUUAUUUCAAAAGGCAUACAUGCAGCAGUAUGUAAAAUACCAGUGCAAGAUAUAUUGGCAUAGUAUAAGCAACAGUUUCUGUACCCAAUUUAUUAAUAUUUGUAGAAAUAUUAGUGUGGGAACUUGGGCAUGAUAGUAUAGACCUGAAAGUCUACAGUGAACAUGUUCAUUCAAAAGGCAAUCUGUUUCUUCCCCCUGCCUUGAGUAUACCCAAAGGUACGAAUAAAAAUAGUCAAUUUACAAAUAAAAAUAAGUCUGUGACUUCAGUAUAAGUUACUUUGACCAACAAUUCAUCACUGUUGAAGGUGCUUGUUAACCCUAUAUGUGUAAUAGAAAUAAAAUAUCUAAAAUAUAAUAAUCAGGGAACCAAAUAAAACCACAUGGAAAAAGGCUAGAGGUUGUAUAAAUCUGAAUACCUGAAGAUUCCAGGUGCGACAGAAGAGGACUAAAGGCUUCAGUAGACUUCAACAGUCCCCUUGAUAUUGUCGCAGGUUCAGACAGCUUGGAAAAAGGCAGAUUUUGCCAUGGAGGUUAAUUUAUAGGCAAACGAGUUGGGUCCAACCUGUAUGCUAGUAUCCCACAGAAUCUUGAUUGUCUUCACAUGUAGGUGGACAUAAAGGAACAAAAGAUGGCGUCUCUCAAAUAGGAAGGUAUUUUAUCUCUGAUCACCUUCAAUACUGUGCCUUCUCACCAAAUUUAGUUGAUUUUUGGAAGACCAUGACUUGCAUUGACCUCAAGGUUUUCAAUUUGAUGAUGAAGUAGAAUAGUCGCCAGAUCAGGGCUGCCACCAGAAAUUUUGGGGCCCCUAACUGAGCUCAGGGCCUGGGCCCCUGGGUGCCCGCCUCCAAAACCUCCCACAGAGACCGCCUCCAAAUCCCGCAAACAGGAAUACACACAGACACAAACACAUUCAGUGAUACAAAAGGACACAGAUACACACACACACACACACACACACUGAUACAUACUAACAGACACACAUACUGAUACGCAUAUAGGCAUACAUACUGACACACAUACUGAGACAUACAGACACACUGGCGUACAUAGUGACAGACACAUACUGAUACGCAUAUAGGCAUACAUACUGACAUACAGACACAGGCAUUCAUAGUGACGGACACAUACUAACAUACAGACACUAACAUCCAUACAUACACACAUUCAUUCAUACAGACAUACAUACAUUCAUACAGACACUGACAUCCAUACAUGCACACAUUCAUACAGACACUGACAUCCAUACAUACACACUUUCAUAAUGACAUGCAGACAUACAUACACUGACAUUCAUACACACAUAAUGACAUGCAUAUAUACAUACAUACAGACAUACAUUCACAUACACACACAGCUCAUUUUCCAGCCACCCUCCUGUCUCUUACCUUGUCUUUGCAGGAGGGUGGCUGGGGCUGAUGGGACUGGGAGUUGGCCCUAAGUGCGUGGGCCACCCGAUGGGCCCCAUCAGCGUGCGGGCCCCGGUGGAACUGCACCGGCGGCAGUUCUGCCGCUAUACGUGGGGCCUGGGUGGCCGGGCCGGUGACCACCGUUAUGGUUGUCACCCCCUGAUGGCGGCCCUGCGCCAGAUUAUGAGGGAGAUUACCCAUCAUCAGAUGUUUGUACUAUGCCUAGUGUCAUGAUAUUUUUUCCAUCCAAGACUUUAAUUUUGGUCUUCAAUAUCUGUUGAAAGCAGUGGCGUACAUACCAGGGUCGCAGGGGUCGCGGUUGCGACCGGACCCGGCCGCCCCUGCGACCCGGUAUGUACCCACAAGGCCAGCCUCUUCCCCUGGGGGGCCCAGUGUUAGAGUGAGUGUUAGAGUGAGUCUUACUGAGUCUGUUUGAUGUCUGUUAGUGAGUGUGUGUUUGUCAAUGAGAGUGUAUGUUUUGUAAGUGAGUGUGUAUGUAUGUCUGUCGCUGAGUGUGUCUCUGUCAGUAAAUGUGUGUCUGUUAGCUAGUGUGUAUGCGUCUGUAAGUGAGAGUAUGUGUGUCUUCAGCACUUACCUUAUCCCUCAGCCUCUCAGCUCCGAAUGAGACCGCGCACGCAUUCAAACCGCCCAUAGGAAAGCAUUACUCAAUGCUUUCCUAUGGACGUUCAGUGUGCUCCUCUAGCGGCUGUCAGUGAGACAGCCACUAGAGGCUGGAUUAACCCUCAGUGAAAUAUAGCAGUUUCUCUGAAACUGCUAUGUUUUCAGCUGCAGGGUUAAAACUAGAGGGACCUGACACCCAGACAACUUAAUUGAGCUGAUAUGAUCUGGGUGUCUGUAGUGGUCCUUUAAAGGACCACUAUAGUGCCAGGAAAACAUACUCUUUUUCCUGGCACUAUAGUGCCCUGAGGGUGCCCCCACCCUCAGGGACCCCCUCCCGUCCAGCGCUGGGCGGAGAGCUCUCCUCCUCCGAUCCUCCUCUUCUCCUCCCCGUCGGCAAGAGCUGCGCGCGCAUUCAGCCAGUCACAUAGGAAAGCAUUCAUAAUGCUUUCCUAUGGACGCUUGCGUGCUCUCACAGUGAGAAGCACGCAAGCGCCUCUAGCGGCUGUCAAUGAGACAGUCGCUAGAGGAAAUAGGGGAAGGCUUAACCCAUUCAUAAACUGCUAUGUUUAUGAAAAAAUGGGUUAGCCCUAGCUGGACUUGGCACCCAGACCACUUCAUUAAGCUGAAAUGGUCUGGGUGCCUAGAGUGGUCCUUUAAGUGUGUGUGCAUCUGCAUGCACUGGCGUACAUACCGCGGUCGCAGCCCUGUAACCCCUGCGACCAGGUGCCCACCGCCAUGUGUUGCGGCCCGGCCCGCGGAUCAAUUUUUGCACCGGGGCCCCAUGGGUCAUGCGUACGCCACUGGUUGAAAGUUUGUAGCUGUGUCACUUGUUCAGCUGUUCCAAUCUGGAGUUGAGUCACUGUGGGAUGGAGGGGGUGGCGGCAUCUUUCCUUAUUUAUUUUACUAAAGCGUACAUAUUUGCUAGCCAAACACCAUCUCUUAUAUGAGGUUGGAUACUCUUAUGUGGAUAAUGAGAAAUAGGGAAAUCUGUAUAUUUAGACAUGAACUUUCAAAGGAUCAUCAUUGCCAUGCACAAAUGAGUCUAAAAUAGGACUCAUUCAAGAGGUAGCAUUACAGUGAUUAGAAUAAAGUGUUAUACAAUCACAGCUUGAAAGAGCUUUCCUUAAAGGAACACUACAGACACAAAGCAUUUCAGCUUGCGUAACCACUUAAGGACCAAACUUCUGGAAUAAAAGGGAAUCCUGACAUGUCACACAUGUCAUGUGUCCUUAAGAGGUUAAGUGCUUUAUGUUGCUGGAGGAUGUAAUGUAUUUCAUCAGAAACCUGCAACUUCAUCAAUCAAUCAAUGCUAAGUGACACCUAUGUAGGUUUUCUUCUGCUCCCGGUAUCUCUGCAGAAAGAAAUUACACGCAGGUAUUCUUUGAGGGUAUAUCUAUUUAAGGGUGAUAUAAAAAUUAGAUAAUGGAAAAAUAACAGACUUCUUACAUCUACCUCUGUUGAAAUGGUUGUAAGAAUUUUUGUCAGGUGUAGUGGGACAUACAUGCAAAUUAUCGAAUGUAGUGCUGGGUCUGUGCUGAUGGCUUAGUGGAUCUGUGAUUAUUAUUUAUAUAGCGCCAUCAGAUUCCGUAACGCUGUACAAUUGGUGGACUAACAGACAUGUAAUUGUAACCAGACAACUGGACGUACAGGAAUAGAGAAGUGGAGGGCCCUGCUCAAUGAGCUUACAUUCUAGAGGGUUGGUGUAUAUAUCAUAAAGAUUAAUCUAUUGAGUUGAGCAGUGAUCUUGCAGGGGCAUAAUCUAUACAACAAAACUGUCUAAAAGGGACACUCCACUGCCCAAGUACAAAUUAAAUAAAAAUCACUGUUUAGCAGACAUGCCCCAAUGAAAACAUGCAUGCCUUUAAUUAUGCAUUUUUUGCAUUGGGAGUAUAUAUAAAAACAGCUUGCAAAACCUGAAGUUCUCUGGUCUGAAGCCUUUGCAAGCCCUCCCUAACCCAGCCCAGACUUUCUGUGGCUGUCCAAUCACAGACAUCCCAAUGGAGCUCAAUGAGAAGUCUUUGCAAGGCAGGUACUCUGGGUAAUUGCUGCCUCUUGAGUUUAGCUUCACUGAGCUAACUAAAUCAGCAAGUGACAUUACCUGUUGUCUGCUUGAAAGUGAAAGGGGUGUAACCAUUUUAACCAAUUUAUAAAAGUGUAAAUUUCUAUUGAAAUCUGCUCUUUAUGCAAAAUAGGGGGGGGGGGAAGGGUCUGGAAUGUCCCUUUAAGCCACAGUUCUUUUAGUGACUAUAGUGUCCAUUUAAGAAACUGCAUGGGUAAUGUAUAAUCGUGCAUGAUUAGUUGGUUAAGAUCCUGGCUUUCCCACUCCUUUUUGUUAACUUGUACAUUAGAGUUACUCCAAACAACAGUAUCACUGUAGUGUUUAUGAUGCCAGGAGUACCUUGGACCAGUUUCCUAGUAAAGGGGCAAACCACUUGGCAAUGGUGUGCCCUUUCCUGGUUCCCCAGUGGACUCCAAUGCUCCCUAGUGGUCUGGUGACAUGAUCACUGUUUCUGCAGAGCUGCGGCAGUCGCAGUUCAUUGUCUGAAAGUGCCAGCUGACCUUUCUCAGCAAAUUAAUGCUAUUAAAAAUUGUGCAUAAAAAAUUACAAUACAAAACAAAUGCCAUGUUGAGUGCAAAGUGCUAAAUGAUGAGAAAUACUAUUGUUUUGCAAGAUGAUUACUAUUUAUUUAUUUUUCUUUAAAUCUCUUUACCCUGACUAGCACCUACUUAUUCCCCGCUCCCCGAUUUCCCCCCCCCCCGAACUUAAAAAAAAAAAUAAAAUAAAUUUUUUUAAAUCACGCAAUGUUUGAUCUACGUACAAAUUUGUUUAAAUGUUUUCUUAGCAGUUUUUUUUAGUAAGCAGGCUAUUAUAGUAGAUUGAUUGUGCACUGUUUUUCAUGCAAUAAAGGGUAAAAACAACAUUGCUCUGAAACAUUUCUCUUUGCCAUUCUAUGCUGCUUUUAUAUCUGCAGUGCUCACUGGGACCAAUUUUAUUGGUAAUGUAAAAAACCCCAGGGUACACAAACUGGAAAUGCCUCAUCUCCAUGUGAAAUCACUGGCUGACACUGUCUCUGCCCCUCUUCUGUAAUUAAAAUAUUAGUUAAAUAAAUAAAUUACAGUUACAAAUAAAAUAUACUUAGAUCAUAUAUAUUAUAUAUAUGAUCUAAGUAUGUGUGUGUAUAUAUAUAUAUAUAUAUAUAUAUAUAUAUAUAUGAUAUACGAUAUACAAAAAUGAAAACAGGAGCACUCAUCUUGAUAAAGACUCUGAAGGGUCGAAACGAUGUAGAGGUGGUGAUUUUUUUGAAAUAUAUUUUGGAAAUCCAAGAGAGUGCUCCUGUUUUAAUUUUUGUUUAUACUAUUGCUGGGAAGCACCCGGGUACAAGUUACAGGUGUGUGUGUGUGUGUGUGUGUGUGUGUGUGUAUAUGUAUAUUAAUAUCAAAAUACACGUAGAAGAAUAUUGGUUUUAUAUAUAUAUAUAUAUAUAUAUAUAUAUAUAUGUAAAUAUAUAUAUAUAUGUAAAUACGUUAAAAAAAAUUAUACAAAUAAAUAAUUAAAAUAUGUGUGUAAUUUCGUUCUAACUGUAUUUUGAUAAUAUAUAUAUAUAUAUAUAGAUAUCAAAAUACAAACAGAAUGAAAUUAUAUAUAUAUGUAUAUAUCACUAUAUGUAUACCUAUAUAUUAAUAAAAAUAAUUAAAAAAAUAAAUAUAUAUAUAAUUUUACAUAUAUUUAUAUAAUAAUUUAACAUAAUUAGGUCCUUUAAUUAUAAUUUGCGGGAUCUGCCUGACAACCCAGGCCAAAAGUAUAGGGAAUUUAAUUUUCUAGCACUAUAUAUUUUAACCUAUAACUUUCCAUGACACCAUAAAACCUGUACAUGGGGGGUACUGUUUUACUCGGGAGACAUCGCUGAACACAAAUAUUUGUGGUUCAAAACCGUAAAAUGUAUUACAACGAUAAUAUCGUCAGGUUAUCAUACAGGUUUUAUGGUGUUUUCAAAAGUUACAGAGUCAAAUAUAAGGCUUGCGUUUUAGUUUUUUCACAUUAAAAUUACCCAGAUUAGUUAUGUUGCCUUUGAGACCAUAUGGUAGCCCAGGAAUAAGAAUUACCCCAAUGAUGGCAUACCAUUUGCAAAAGUAGACAACCCCAAGGUAUUGCAAGUGGGGUAUGUUCAGUCUUUUUUAGUAGCCACUUAGUCACAAACACUGGCCAAAAUUGGCGUUCAAAUUAGUUUUUUGCAUUUUUCACACACAAACAAAAUUUUAACGUUAACUUUGACUAGUGUUUGUGACCAAAAUGGGGGUAAUUCUCAUUCCUGGGCUACCAUACAGUUUUAAAGGCAACGUAACCAAUCUGGCGAAUUUCAAUGUGAAAAAACUGAAAAGUGUAACAUGCUAUAGUUGACUCUGUAACUUUCCAAAACACCAUAAAACCUGUACAUAAGGGGUACUGUUUUACACGUGAGACAUCGCUGAAUACAAAUUAGUUUUUUAUUGCAGUAUAAGCAAACAGUAUUAUGACAUUCACAGUUAGAAUGUCACGUAGAACUAAACAUUUUCUAAAAAUUCUUAUUUUCUCCCAUUUAAUAUUUUAUUCAUAUUAAAUUAUGUUUUAUACCUAAAUAUUUGAUGUUUCCCCUGAAUAAAAUGAUAUAUAAUAAGUGUGGGUGCACAUAAAAUAAGAGGCGAAUCACGCCUGAACAGACUUAUAGCGCAAAUUCAAGUUUUUGGUUACGUUUUGUUUUGAUCACAACAUGUACAUUUGGCUCAGUCCUUAAGGGGUUAAGAUGGCAGUGGAAGCUCAGCCUUUUGUUGAACCUUGCCUUGUGAUGUCUUUUUAUUGCUUUUUAAUAUCUGUAAAAUUCCAACGAGGUAAAGGUGAACAAUUCAUUAAAAAAAAUGUUUGGCUAUUUUGACCUUAAAUUUAAAAAUCACUUUGAUUUAACCUUGGAUUUUCACUUUACUGAAUAACCCUGUUUAUCUUUAUGAAAAGCUCAAAAAGUGAGCAGAAGUGCUUUGGGUUUUUGUAAAUAGUUUGACAAAGCCCAGAGGGACUCAACAUAUAGCACAAUAACCACUUUUAAGCAACAAUGAAGUUAGUGUUUUGCAUGUCCCUUUAAGUUGAGGUUAUAAAAAGUUAAAAUAAAGUAUUUCUUAUUGCUGAUAAGGUAUGCAGUGAUUUGCAUUGCAGUAGUAGGGGAUGGUCUCUUUUCAUCAAUUAUAAACCCUAGUACAGGGAUAGGCAACCUUCGGCACUCCAGAUGUUGUAGACUACAUCCCCCGUAAUGGUAGCAUCAUGGGAGGUGUAAUCCAAAAUCUGGAGUCUCAAAGGUUGCCUAUGCCUCAACUAGAGAAAUAAAAUACCAUGUAGAGAAAAGCUGCAGUUAUUUAUAACCAUUCACUAAGCAGAACCUACUCCUAAUGGCAUGUUUGACCAGUGCUGUUCGGUCGGUAUAUGUUAAUGGCAUUGUGGAAAAUGUCUGAUGUAAGAUGAUUGCUAAUGUUCUGUUUGUCUUGUACUGCCUAUUUUUUGCAGUAGAAAACCAUGGAGGAUCAUACGGUAACCCAAACAGAUACUUUGACCACAAUUGAAGCACAUACUGUGGCUCACACUGUAGCACACUCUGUGGCUCAGCAGGUCCAGCAGGUUCAUGUUGCAACAUACACUGACCACAGCAUGCUGAGCGCUGAUGAAGAUUCUCCAUCCUCUCCUGAGGACACAUCUUAUGAUGACUCCGACAUCCUAAACUCCACGGCAGCUGAUGAGAUCACUGCUCAUUUGGCAGCUGCAGGUAAGCACACAUAUGGGUUCACAGCAGAAGGAGUGGCAUGGCUCACAAUGCAUUAUCUAGUCUUCUUUUAUGUCUGUUCCAGAUGUUUCCUUUAAAUAUAUGUUGACUUGAACGUGUCAUGCCUUUCUCACACCGCUAUACAGCAUUCCCACAUGUAAACAGAGUUGUAGUAAAUUGAGAACUAAAUUGCACAACUUAGGCCCACAAAUGUGUAUUUUGAAAGAUCUUCCUAAAAAUUCUACUAUAGCCAUUUUUAAUUCACAACUCUUUGAUAAACUCAGUGAUUUGUGAAUAAACAUAUACGUGCAUGAAUAUGGCUCCAUCCACCGUUUUAGUUUAAAUUCUCUAAUGGUAAGUCUUGUAGUUUUAUAUAAAUAGUAUUAAACUUUAUGGUUCUCUCAAAUAGUGCCUCCCUUUCACAGUAGUUAUUUUCAUUAUCUUAAUGUUUCAAAUGCUAUGUUUCCCAUAAACCACUACUACACGGCUCUUCCAUUUGAAUGAGAAAAUACUGUGCAGAUGGCUUUGGAAAACCAAAGAUGUUUGCUUUUUUCUAGGCCUUGAUCUCAAAAGUGGGAGAAUAGUAAUUGGAGUGUAGGUGUAAGAUUUUAUUUAUUUAUUGAUUUUCCACAUAUAUGUUGGAAUCAAUGAAGAAUUAUGCAAAAUAUUAGCGCUUUGUGUAAAAUAUGUAAUUGCAUCAAGCAUAUAUUAACACACAAAAUACCAAGUAAGCUCCUUUGCUUUCUUGUAAAUAAAUCUAGCUUUAUUUAAAUUUGUCUUUUCGUGAAUUAGAUUUGAGGCGAGUUGAGGUAAACCAAAGGUAAAACGGUUGGUGAAUCUGACUGUAAGCAAAAGCCUUCUGUAUUAACAUACCUAAAGGCACAUGUUAGACCUUCUGUGUGACUUGAAAUUCUUGAAAUUACCAUUUACUAAUUGGGGACUGUAAAGGAACAUAUUUCUCUUCGGCCCUUCUAAAAUGUUAUCAUUAUUUAUUUUUUUCUCCCAUCACUUUCACUAAAGAGGAGGAUUCCUUUCUCUUCUAAUGGUCAGUGGUGGGAGUUACCAAAUAAAUUGAAAUGUAAUCUGGAUUAGACUACAGCUUCCACCACCAGAUCUAACCUAUCUUUUACUGCCUAACACAAACCUCCACACUCUUAGGGUCUCAGUAUGGGUAAAAGCCUAUUUCAGACAUUAAGGAUCAAUUAUCUAUCUAUUCCUUAAGGGACAAAAGCCUGCAAUUUGUGUAAUUACCAUGCAUGGAUUGCUUUAAUUAAUCAUUUCUUUAAAAAAAAAAAAAAAAAAGCUUAUGAUAUUCUCAUGUGUCCAGUCUGUUCUGAAAAACUGUAUAAUCUGUUAACACACCUUGAUGAUCUUGAAACAUGGUCCUACCCAACAUCUCACAUUCCAAUUAAUUUAAAGGAUCACUAUAGUCAACAUAUAAAAGUAAGAAAGACAGGUCCCCUAGCCUUCUUUCUUGCUUUUAUAUUAACUUCCCCUUAAUAAAAAAUAUUUUCGAGUCCUAAUUAUAGAUAAAACUUGCCUCCGUUCCAGCGCCAAAAUUCUCAGCAGGCCGCGCCCCCCUUUUCACCAAAAUGACAAAAUAGCAGGGCUCAAUCAGACGCUUCUCUUAGAGAAGCGUCAUCAUGAUCUGGUGCGCAUGCGUGGCUUCGCGCUGCACCAAUCACGUUUUUGAUAGAGCGGCAUUGAAUGCCGCCCUAUGGAUGAACACUGAGUGCUGUACCGCGCAUGUGCGUGGUAUGCACGUUCGCGUGCUGAGCUGACUGCCAGCUGAGCUCACUGUCUAUGCCCGCCCCCUCCUGCCACAACCCUCCAGCCCAAAGUAUACAGUAUACAAACACUAUAUAUAGAGGUAUCUCUAUAUAUAGUGUUUGUACACAAACGCACACAUUGAAAAUAAAUAUUGUUACACAUACACACUCUCUUUCUAUCUUACUUAUUUCUAUCUAUCCAUCUCUAUCUAUUUCUUUCUAUCUCUAUCGAUUUCUCGCACUCACCCACACACAUACUCUCUCACUCACCCGCCUGCAUGCUCGCACCCACACGCACUCACUCACCCACACGCACUCACUCACCCACACCCACAAAAUAAGUUUACUCACGGUUUGGAUCCUCGUGCUCGGUCUCCGGUCUUCUGCCUGUCAGCCAGAGCUGCUGUGUGUGCAGGAGAUCCUUAUCUCCCACACUGUUGGCUCUGAUUGCUGACAGGCUCCAGGAUUAACUACAGGCUGCCUCCUGUCUACUGAUUCACGUUUGAUGUAUUCACCCAAGUGUGAAGACGUCAGACGUGAUGAAUGCGAAUUAGGCAGCCCUGAACUCGGAAGUCCCUCUGGUGGCCGUCUGAGUGACUGCCACUGGAAGUGUUCCUAGCUUCCAAGGUAAACACUGUAUUUUCUCAGAAAAUACAGUGUUUACAUAAGAGAGGCUGCUGGAAACUAUAGUUCUCACCUGAACAACCUCAUUAAGCUGAAGUUGUUCAGGUGACUAUAGUGUCCCUUUAAAGGAGAAUUCACAUUUUAUUAAUUUUUGUAAUGGUGAGUGGAUGAACAGUUUGGAAAAAUAACAGAAAGCCAUGGCUGUGAUUAUGGUCUAAAUGUGGGUGUCAUUGAUUGGCUGUCGGUGUCUGAUGUCAUUCUCAGCCUAUCAGUGCUCUCCAAGCUUGGGUGAAAUAAAUAAUGCUGGAAGUGCAAGUUCAGCAAUAGCAGUACAAACUCAAGGGGUUGUGCCACAGAACAUGGGGUAUGCUUAGUGUGUGCCAAACCAUCGACAGGGAUGGCAUAUGUAGCCUGUUUGCAUGUUAACCAUUACAACUGGCUGUAGUAGUUAUGGUUAGAUUUGUCUGAUCCUGGGUUUUGGCACCAAUUGAUAUAGAUCCAACGUGAUUUUUGGCAUAUUCAAGGGAGCCCAAAUUGUUAUUUCAAGUGCACUUGGAGGAGCGUGAAUUCAGACACCAGACACCUGUUGGUAUUCAAAAUAAGCCUCUGUCAUUUAUUUUUUAGUAUGUGUUUUUAUACAUUAAAAAGUAAGUGCUUACAUGCAAAUACUCAUAGGACAGUAGUAAGAAGGGUGAAAGGAGUACAGAUAAGACAUAGGGAUGAACAUCUUUUAAAUAUAACAGAUAAGUUCCGAGAAAGAACAGACUGAUUUAGGAGAGACAGCUCAGGUGGAGGGUAUCUGCUCCUGGAACUGGACAUAUAUGGUCUUGAGUGUUGUUUUUAAGCAUUAAGCAUUUCCUCAGUCCAAGUUAGCCAAUUUUAAUAUAGGAUAUCUAAUAUUACACCUAUAAGCUUGAACCCUGGAAUCAAAGUAAAUUCUUUUACAAUUAGUGUCCCUUUAACCAUACUGUACAUAUUGCAUCAAUCAUUAAUAGGUGCAUGAAAUACCCAAUGCAAACUAAUAACUAAUAUAUCUAUAUAUACUUUUUUUGCAAAGCGUCUAUUCUCAUAACAUAAUUUAUUUGUAGUCUUAAUACAAUGUCACCAAUAUCCAGCAGAGGGCGCAGUAACACUGCACCCAAUGUUGGCGUAUAGUAAAUAAUUGAUCUAUCAUAUUUUUUCUUUAAUCCUUUUUGUUUUUUGUCUUUGUCCUAUGUUUUAUUGGGAGUUUGUGAAAUUAAUUUUACUGUUAUGGCACACAGUACAGUAUAAUGAACACAUUGUCUGUUUACCUAAACACAUUUCCAAUAUUGAAGUUUGCUUCCAAAAAAAUAUUAGUUUGGAUUUCUAAAUUAAUGUAAUAUAUAUUUUGUGCACUCCUUAAUGUUGUUGCCUUUAUUUGUUUUUGUUUUAUUGUUAUAUCACGUAUAUAUGGCUUGUAAUAAGUCCAGUUUUAAUUCUCCAAUUUUGAGCCCUGCACCUGUUAAUCAGAGUUGUGAAAGAUCGUACACGUUAAUCUCUAAAACAAACAACUGAGACCCUAUAGAUGUGUUACUUACCACACAGUGUUCUUUUCUGUUCAGGUCCUGUUGGCAUGGCUGCUGCAGCUGCUGUGGCUACCGGGAAGAAACGCAAGAGGCCACAUAUAUUUGAAUCAAAUCCUUCUAUACGCAAACGUCAGCAAACACGCCUACUGAGGUGAGCAUUGUCAAACAAGUAAAAAGGGUGUUAUAGAACAGGCCAUUGUGUCUCCACUGCCCAUCUACCAUGUACAGCAGUUAUGAUGUGUGCACAGCACUAAACUGUUAUGACCGCAAAUCACCUUGUGAAGAGUGAGACUGGGCCAUCUAUAUUGAGAUAUACAUGCGUGUGUCUGUUAGCGAAGCAGUAUAAAUAAAUACAUGAUCUGGUUAAUUUCAGAACCUGAGUCUUUUUCAUGCAUGUCACAUUUUAGCUGUUUGGCACUGGUUGUGUUUUGUUAAAUAAUGAAUUGCUUUAUCAGCACAAUGUAUGCAGGUUAUAGAUUGCUGAAUCUGAAGGAGAGCAGAAGACCUUGUUGAUAAUUAUCCAGUUGUUUGAAACUGGCAAUUAGUGGAGAUUUUAUUUGUGUUCUUGCAACAAUGCUGCUUCUUUCAGAUAGAUGGAUAGAUAUACUUGACACAGGUGCCUCAUUCCAGGGCCCUAUUUAACCUUUCCCUGCAGAGAGUCCCAGGAGGAAGGAUUUCCCAAGUAAGUGGAUUAAUCUCAUAAGAGCAGGCAUUAGGUUGCUAGGAUAGGACAUGCCAAAAAUGGGGUACAUUAGUGUUGUGGCAGUCUUAUACAAUGUAUGAUUAUAUACCGGAACUAAAUCCUGAAUAUUUUUGCCUAGGUUUUUUUUGUGUGUGUUAAAAUUCAACAUUUCAGUUCUCUCAGGGACUUUCUUCAUGAAAAAAUACAAUAGACAAAAACAACAAGGUGUGUGUGUGUGUGUGUAUAUAUAUAUAUGUAUGUGUGUGUGUAUAUAUAUAUAUAUAUAUAUAUAUAUAUGUGUGUAUAUAUAUAUAUAUAUAUAUAAUGUAUAUGUAGACCAAGUGGUCACCAGCAGCAUCUCCCUGAUCGUUGCUCUUUCCCCAAAAGUGCCAAAUAACACUAAAGUGCCUAGUGAUAUCUUAGAACCAAAUAAUUUGGGUAAGUGCUGUGUAAAGUGUGAUAUGCUGAGGUUACAUAGCUGAAAAGAGACUUGCUUCCAUCAAGUUUAGCCUUCCUCACUUCCUUUUCUGUUGAUCCAAAAGAAGGCAAAAAAACCCAAAAAAAACAGUUUGGAGCACUUGCAACAAACUAGGAAAAAAAUUCCUUCUUGACCCCAGAAUGGCAGUCAGAUUAAUCCUUGGAUCAAGCAGCUAUUACCCUAUAUUGAAAAAUUAUAUCCUUGAAUAUUCAGUUUUUGCAAGUAUGCAUCUAGUUGCUGUUUGAACAUCUGUAUAAAUGAUAUAAAUGUGAUAAAACCACUUCUUCAGGCAGUGAAUUCCACAUCCUUAUUGUUCUUACAGUAAAAAAAACUUUUCUUUGCCUUAGAUGAAAUCUUCUUUCUUCCAGUCUAAGGAUGUAUGUAAUGUAUGUGUAAAUAUGUGUGUGUGUGUGUAUACAUCUUUUAAUAAUUGCGGAGACAACCGUUCCUAACUAGUAAUCAUAAUAAAGAGCAGGGCUUACAAUUUGCACUCUCCGCUUCUGAGCGAACAUUCCGCUUUGGUGAGUACAAAUUCACCCUGGAUAAUGUGCCACGCACUCUCCAGGCUAGCAGUUGCAAGUAACUAUUUUUCAUAUAGCACCAACAUACUUUGCAGUGCUGUGCAAUAGGUAAAAUAGCCAACGAUUUACAAAACACAUGCCACAUGGGAACAGUUCAUGAAGAGGGCAAAGCUCAAACAAGCUUCCAAUCUAAAGGUCUACCUAGCUAGUAGAAUAUGGCUUUUUCAGUCUGAUACAGUGCUAAUUAGACUUUAUAUUUUAUUGUUUGAUGUAUCAUAAUUCCUUUAACCCCUUAAGGACCAAACUUCUGGAAUAAAAGGGAAUCAUGACAUGUCACAUGUCAUGUGUCCUUAAGGGGUUAAAUAAGAGAUUGUCAUUAUCCAUGAUUCUGUGAUGGAGAAGUUUUUGCUUUGUGGAUCACUAUUUUCAGCAAACAUGUUUGUCUCUGGAGAGACGUAGUUGUAUGAAAUAUUUCUGCAUUGUACAUAUGUGUGGUUUGUGGCAUGUUUUUAUUGCCAGCUUGUCUUUGACUGAAGUAAAUAAAUAUUGUUUUUUCAUUAACAGUGAUGUUAAUAUUUCUUCUAAGAUAUUUAUCUUAUUUUCUAAAACGGUCAUUGAUCGACAUGUAUCAUACAAUUAUAGGAAAAUUAUCUUUUUUUUUAUAUUUUUUUUAUUGUUGAAAAUUAAAGAUUAUAUAUAAUUCUUUUUAGUGCCACUCCGGUCUUACUCUUCCGCCGUGUAGGCUGCCAUCUUUUGUUGGAAGCAACAAAGUUCAAUUUUGUUAUGCUGCUGCUUGCGUAUCACAUCCGGUUUUGUGAACACUUCCUGACUCUUGAUUACCUAUGUUGUCAGUGUUUGAUUAUACUGUGCUUCUGACCAAAGCGCUUUUUGAAAAGACUGCACCAAUAGAACAUGUGUAAGCCAGGAGGUAUUUUGAAAUGGGAUAUUUACCUUUUUCAAUAUAAACUAAUACACACACUGUAACAUAUAUAAUCUUUUAUUUUUUAUCUUAAAAAAUUAAGAGAGUUUUCCUUUGAGUGUUUCUUUAUAAAUAUUUGUGAAAUUACAGCAUAUAAAGACUCAAUAAUUUGCAGGUACACACAUCCGUUUUUACCAGAUGUGAUUACAUAAUAAAGGGAAAGUGUCGAUUAAGGGGUUCAUUGUGCAUAAAGACCCUUCAAGUUCAGGUGUCUGCUUAGGAAGUGCUCAGUGGGGAGAGGAGAAAAGUUUCAACCAAUGGCUGAUGGGAAGUGGCAACACAGGGAAACAGAAACAUCUUGAAGCUUGGUGCUUUAACACAUUUUGUAAAAAAACUAAAAUGUUGUUCUUUAGGAGUGAAUCUAGCAAAUUUAAACUACUUUUUUAGCAACACCUAUAGCUGUGUGUGUGUAUCAUAAUUGGUUAUUUGGUGUGGAAAAAAAAUAGAUCAGGUAAAGAAAUAGAUUUUCUCUGUCUCUUUGGAUUGCUGAUGCAACAACACACUCUUACACACUGUUUCUUACGAGGCAUUCAUUUACAGGCCCUAAACAUUAUUUGCAUUGUAGCUGCCAUUGAAAACUUGUAGAGGUUGGUUAAGUACCAGACUACCUCAAUAGUGAAGAGUCUGUCCUUACCUUGUAAAACAUACAAAAUUUACCUUCAGUAUCCAUUUCUAAUAGAAACAGUCAAAUGAUAUUAUAUAUAUUCCUCUGUGCAAUAUAGCAAUGGGAAUGCCUAUAUUAAAGUCCCUUCACGUUUUCCUGCUGCUACAUCUUUUCAUUCAAUGCGUUACAUAAGAACACACACAUGCAAGUAUUAGUCUGCAAUAUGUCUCUCUCAUACCAAACUUAUGAAUUCCUUAAUUCCCAAUGAAUUUAAUGUCUUCUUCUUUUAAUAUUAUAUGACUUACUAUGGGUCAUUGAAACAAACUUUCAUAUGAAACAUUUUUUUAUUAUGUUACAGGAAACUACGGGCAACACUGGAUGAAUACACCACUCGAGUGGGGCAACAAGCUAUUGUCCUGUGCAUCUCUCCAUCUAAGCCCAACCCAGUUUUUAAGGUUUUUGGAGCUGCACCACUGGAAAAUGUAGUAAGUGGUUAAUCGUGGUCUCUUUUGAGAGUGCAUUCAGGGUUUGAAUGGUUUUUUGUUUUUACUUUCUGUGUGUCUGAAUUACAUAACUUGCACCAUUUAUUUUCAAACACUGUUGUUUGAGAGAUUUUAUUUUAAGAGUUAGGGUUUCAUUGAUAAAAUCUACUCAACUGGUCCUAACUACAUUCCUCCAGUUUAUUUUUAUUGUUCUUUCCAAGACUGGAUGAUCCAAUAUUUUCCUUGCAAAUGUGAGAAAUAAUUUAAACGAGCGUAAUAAUUCUCUAGAUUCUGUGACCUAAUUAAGAGCCAUACAUCCUUUAGUAUACAAAAUGUAUUCAGUUCUAUUGCCUUUUUUGAUACUUAAAUAUAUUUGCGUAGCUUUAUCUUAGGUAUAAUGAAUUAUGUGAAAGGAAAUUUCUGAGGCAGGAAGCACAGCAUGAGGGACCAUAGGAACCCCCUAACCCUCUCCCCCUUCUUAGCUUUCUGAUGGGGGGGUAGUAGUAAAUCCACGAUCACAUCCAGCACACACCAUCUCACAGCAUCUCUAUAGGAGACAUUCAGUGUCUCCAUGCAGAGAGUGGACUUAGAAAGCACCUCUAGUGGCUGUCCGAGAGACUGCCACUAAAGGUGUUUCUCAACACCAAUUUAAACACUGCCUUUUCUCUGAAAAAGCAAUGUUUACAUUGAAAAGCUUGUAGGGACAGGAAAAGAGCACCAGAACCACUACAAUAAGUGGCUUUUGGUGACUAUAGUGCCCCUUUAAAACAAUGCAUGGGGGAGAUUUAUCAAAGUAUUAUUAAACCAAUCCAGCUGGUGACAUUUUUGGCACCAGUUUCAAAGAAGAAUACACUCAGUCUCCCUACAAAGUCAUACCUCCCUACACUAUCAGACUCAGUCUCCUACACUGUCACACUCGCUCACCUUUCCACAUUCACCUCCCUGCUUGCCCUGUAACAGUCAUUUCUUAAAGACAGUCAUCCUCAUACACACACAGCACCUCCCACACAUGAAACACAGCCUUACCAGGGACCACAAGCAUCUCCCCCAAACAAAUAUGCUCCCAGACUUAAAACAUGAUCAGAGACAAACAUUAUUACACAUGGAUACUCACUUAAGACACACUCUUUGAGGUACACACACAUACAAAUACUAUACAUACUCUGUCAGAAAUGUAUAUAUUCGUACAUCAGUGUAUCAGUCUGUCUCCCUGGCUGUAAUAUGAGGAUUAUAUGGUAUAGACAAUCCCAUGGUAGAGUGUCAAUACAGCAAAGGACUGUUUUUGUGAAAAGCCUUUUUUUGGUUGGAGUAACCCUUUAAACGUUUCUUUCCAGUUAAUGCAUACAAUGCCAAAUUUAGUUGUGCUCAGAACACUCCCACAGUGACUGUGUGAGCAUUCACUUUCAGCACUCAGCAAUUAAAGGGUUACUCCAGCCUUCUUGACCAUUUUGGCUUUUAGAAGUGGUCAUGGAGCAAGUAAUCUAUAUGUGCAGCGUUUCUGCAUGAAACACUGCCUAUACAGAGAUUUCUGCACUUUUUUUGCCAGGCAUUUUUUUUAUAUUCUCUCUCUAUUGACCACUCCCACUCUCCCCUCUAUAUUUGACUAUUAAUAGUCUCAAUUUUUUUUAGACGAUCAUUGAAACAUCCUUAAUGCAAGAUGCAUAAAAAAACUAAGGAAGGGGUACAACAAAGAGGGCCUGUGUCCCAAAUGCAGCAGUGUGCACUCAGUGAACUUGGACUAAUGGUCUUUCAUUGAGAAAUCUUUCUGUAUAAGUAGUGCAAGUGAUAUCUGUAAAACUGUGUUGUUUUAACUAGUGUUCCUAUUGUCCCUCAGCACUUUAAUAUUCAAUGGUAUUACUUAAAGUUUCAUCAUCAUUUCAUGCAUGUCUAUUCAGUAGAGAUUUGAUAAUAUUUUUAUUUUUAGCUGACAGCUGUAGUGUUUGCCAGCAGAACCAGAGUGCCCCAGGGUAGUCAUGUUACUAAGCAGAAGGAGGCUGUAGCGUUCACUUCUCUCUGUUCACUGCUUACUUUCUCCCUCAGGUCCGCAAAUACAAGAGCAUGAUUUUGGAAGAUCUGGAAACUGCAUUAGCAGAACAUGCCCCUGUCCAGCAGGACAUCAACUCUGACCUGCCCCCUUUGACUAUAGAUGGAAUUCCAGUAUCUGUAGACAAGAUGACACAGGUAAUAGCAGAAUGCACUGCACUGCUUACAGACUGUCUUUGGCAUCAGUAUACCACCUGUCAUUGCUAAAUAAUAAUAAUCACAAUCCCUGUAAGUAUAGCACACACACACGUCUUAAGCCAUUCUAAAAUAAAUUGGUCACUUAUAAAGUUGCAUUUCUGCCUGGAAUCUAUUUUUAUUUGAUAGCAGAUGGUGGUUGUGUCAUAAUUACAAAAUCUUUUCACAGACCCUUUUAUACAUUUCCCCAAUAUUUCUGUAUGAAAUGUUGUAAUUGUCUGUGGAACUUAUAAAUUGGGACACUAUAGGAACCCAGACCACUUCAGCUCAUUGAAGUGGUGUGGGCACAGUGUCCCUAUUGCAUGUGUUGCUGCAAUGUAAAAAACUGCAGUUUUAGAGAAGCUGCAAUGUUUAUAUUGCAGCACUAAAAAAGCCUCUAGUGACUGUCUACCAGGCAGCCACUAGAAGCGUUUCCUGAAUGUUACCGGACUUUCGAUCCGUUAACGGACACUGGACUUUCUCGCGCUCUGCAUAAGGAUAUCCAGCGUCCGCUGAUUCCCAAUGGGAGUACAUUGAUUCAAUGCUUUCAUAUGGGGACGGCCUAAUGCGCACAUGUGAAUUAGUGCUACCUUGUUGAGCGGAUUAGGUAAGUAAAUAAAGGAUGUUUACCCUUUAUUUACCGCGGAGGAGGGGGGCAGGGGGAGCUAUAGUGCCAGGAAUCCAGCUUUGUAUUCCUCUUACUAAAGUAUCCCUUUAAUUGUUCUCUAAUUUAAAUUUUUUUUUUUUUAUUCAGUGUGAUAUACGUUUUUUUUUUUUUUUUAGAAAGUAACCAUGAGAGUAAAUAGCAUUUUAUUAGAUGGGAUUGAGAUUAACCCCUUAAGGACACAACUUCAGAAAUAAAAGGGAAUCAUGACGGAAUACUUCCGUUAUGUGUCCUUAAGGGGUUAAUGGUCUCAGCCAAUCUAUUGGGAGCAUGCGCAGCAAAAUACUGUUGCGCCAAUCAGAUGGUCUCUGAGACCAUCAGAUUGAAAUAGAGUUGCUAUUUUUAAUCUGAUUGAAAUAGCAGAGUUUUCAGCUGCAGAUUUAAAAUGGGGUUGAGUAGGAGUGUUUAUGUUCAAUAACUUCCUUAAGAUGUGUUUUAGGGCAGCGUCCUUAUUAAACUGACGAAUAUAUAUGUAUGUGUAUAUAAAUACUUCUACAGUAUUUUUACAUAAUUCUGUAAACAUUACAGCUUAUCUAGAAUUGCACUUGAUAACAUUUGGGGCCAGUGGCCAUUCCUCUACUGAAUUUUUAAACCAGCCUAUUUUAACAAGCUUUGGAAAUCUAGGGCAGAGUGUGAUUUCCUCUGGGAGAUUGCUGCACCAUUCAACCACCAGUAGCCUUUCAUCAGCCUGGUUCAUUAAAGGGAACUUGUUGCAAAGAGCACAGGUGUGCAGUUCACUAGAAUGGUAUGAGAUUCAAGUGAUAGGUCUUUAAUUGCCCUAUUCUCCACAGAUGUCAUGUGGGAGAUAAAGGUGUAAUUGUGUUAGGUGCUGCACUCCUAAUGCUGUGUUUGCAAUUUACAAUAAUACUGUUAUUGCAGCAAUAAUAUAUAUAAAAUAUACAUAUAUAUUGGGUUUCUAAUAGUGUUCGAUCUGGAAGUGAUCCAGGAUGUCUGAGAAGAUUUCAAUAAAAUAAUCUAAUAUUGGGCCAUUUUUGAGCAAAGUUUUAUUCAAAAUCUCUUACAAAAUAAUUUAUAGACGUGCACAAAUCCAUGUCAGGUGUGCUGAAUGAAUAGCAUGCAUGCCUGUCAUACAAUCGAUUGAUGGACGAAUUGAUUUGUUAGGCAAAUGUUAAUGAAUCUGUUCAUCUGUAGAUUGAUAUGCAUUUGGUUUGCUCAACGCACUGAAAAGUUUUGUGCACAAGCCUAAUAAUUAAUGAAUAAUUAGAAAUAAGUUUCCAUUUGCUGCAACUGACACUGGAAUGCGUUUCUGCCUGGAAUCUAUUUUUAUUUGAUCGCAGAUGUUGGUUGUGUCAUAAUUACAAAAUCUUUUCACAGACCCUUUUAUACAUUACCCCAAUAUUUCUGUAUGAAAUGUUGUAAUUGUCUGUGGAACUAGUUUCUUUUUUACAGUAGUUUUGAGCAAAGUUUUUUUCAUGUUUAACAUCUGAUUGAAAAUGAAACCAUUUUUUUCAUGCAGGCUUUGUGAGUCACAGCCAAGGGAGGUGUGGUCAUGGCUGUAUAAGCAGAAACAAAAGUGAUUUAACUCCUAAAUGGCAGAGAAUUGACCAGUGAGACUGCAGGGACAUAAUUUAUACACCAAAACUGUUUAAUUCAGCUUCACUUGUUUUGGUGACUAUAGUUUGCCUUUAAUCUAAAGUUACUUUGGUGGCUAUAGAACUGUUCUUUUAAUGACUUUAUUUUCAUGUUUUGAAGGAUAGGAAGCAAGUGGUAAGGACCUGUUUGUUACAUAGUAAUCCUGUGGAACAAUACUUCACAUCAGGGUGUAUUUGCUUUUUGACAAACCCGACCAUAGGCAGCUAUCUGUUCAAUUACCUGUUCUUAGGAAUCUCAAUAGGCCCAUUUAGGUUUGUGUGAGUGGAACCUAAUAAAACAUUUUUUGAAGGCAAACUUGAUCCCGUAGGGAUUAAGUGGCACACUGUCUUCCUCUGCAAGUAAGGUUAAAUAAAUAAGUUUGCUGCCAACAUUAAAGCCUUAAAGGAACACUGUAGGGUCAAGAACACAAACAUGUAUUCCUGACCCUACAGUGCAAAACCCACCAUUAAUCCAUGGAGAAAGCAUUGGAUUGGCUAAAAUCAGCGGGGGGGAGGGCAAACACCAUUUUGGCCAAUCCGUACCUCCUCAUAGAAAUGCAUUGAGUCAAUGCAUCUCUGUGAGGAAAAUUCAGCGUCCCCAUGCAAAGCGUGGAGACGCUGAAUGGCAGGGCUGCUUACUGUGCAGCACUGAGCCAGAAAGCACCUCCAGUGGCCAUCUGAGGAGUGGCCACUUGUAGGUGUCCCCAGGGGCAAUGUAAACAAUGCCUUUUCUCUGAAAAGACAGUGUUUGCAUGAAACUGCCUGAAGGGAGCUAUUAUACUCACCAGAACAAUUACAUUAAGCUGUAGUUGUUCUGGUGACUAUAGUGUCCCUUUAAAAUAAACCAUGAAAAUAAGUGCCCAUAUGAAGGGCUGAGCACAGGUCGGGUAUCCGGUAUUCAGAUUUCUAGAUUUUUGUCCUGCAGCUAAUUAGGAAGAUUCUUACAGUUGAACAGGUUUCAUUGUCACUGCUUCAGCUUCUGAUUGCAUCUCUGGAGAAUAAAUGUUAACAGGGGGUUUGAGCAUGUGAGUUCCAGUAAUUAUUUCCAUUCUUGAAACCGGUAGCACACAGAGAAGAAAUUUAACCAAUUGAUAGCCCAAAAAAUAUAUUCCUUUCACAUUUAGUCUCUCAGCUGCUCUAGAUGGUGGUUUGUGGUGCAGAGAGAACUCUCCGCUGUAAAAGUGACUUAUAACUGUAGAGAUGUGUAGAAAUCACAACACCUAUGAGAAAGCUGUCAAACAAGGAGCUAAAAUAUGUAGGGAUCGACCGAUAUUGAUUUUUUAGAGCCGAUACCGAUAUUCUGUGAACUUUCAGGCCGAUAGCCGAUAUAAUUUGCCGAUAUUCUGUACAUUUACCAUUUUGGAAAACAAAAACUAUUUCUAAAGGUAAAUGCACAAAAUAUACAUGCCACGUGUAGUGGAUGCAGUGUGACAGGGGAGCUGUGUGUGUUUGUGCAGUGGAUGCAGUGUGUGUUUGUGUAGUGUGCGUGUUGUGGAUGCAGUGUGUGUUUGUGUAGUGUGUGUAGAGGAUGCAAUGUGUGUAUUUGUCUGUGUGUAGUGGAUGCAGUGUGUAUUAGUGUAGUGUGUAUAUAAUGAAAGCAGAGUGUUUGUGCAGUGUGUGGGUAGUGUGCGUAAAGUGAAUGCUGUAUAUACUAAAUGCAAAGUGUGUGUAUAUAAUGAAUGCAGAGUGUGUGUGUGUAUUUGUGUAGUGUGUGUAUAGUUAAUGUAGUGUGUUUAUAUAAUGCAGAGUGUGUGUGUUUGUAUAGUGUGUGUAUAUAAAGCAGUGUGUUUGUGUAGUGUGCAUUAUAUACACACACUACACACACACUGCAUUAUAUAAACACACUACACAAACACACACUGAAUUAUAUAAACACACUACACAAACACACUGCAUUAUAUACACAGUGUGUUUGUAUAGUGUGUGUGUAUAUAAUGCAGUGUAUUUGUGUGCAUUGUAUACACACACUAUACAAACACACACUGCAUUAUAUACACAGUGUGUUUGUAUAGUGUGUGUAUAUAAUGCAGUGUAUUUGUGUGCAUUGUAUACACACACACUAUACAAACACACACUGCAUUAUAUACACUGUGUUUGUAUAGUGUGUGUAUAUAAUGCAGUGUAUUUGUGUGCAUUGUAUACACACACACACUAUACAAACACACACUGCAUUAUAUACACUGUGUUUGUAUAGUGUGUGUAUAUAAUGCAGUGUAUUUGUGUGCAUUGUAUACACACACACACUAUACAAACACACACUGCAUUAUAUACACAGUGUGUUUGUGCAGUGUAUGUGUAUAUAAUGGAGUGUGUGUGAGGGGGCAUUUUUUAUUAAAUUAUUAUUAUAUUAGUUUUGUUGUCCCCCCUCCCUGCUUGUUGCCUGGCCAGGGAGGGGGGAUAUAGCAGUCCCUGGUGGUCCAGUGGUAUUGGCUGAGCUUUGGGGGGGCGGAGAGCAAGCGCUUACUCACCUCCCAGCAGCUCCUCCAGCUCCCCAGUGCAACUCUCGCGGCCAGCGUGUCCAUGGCAACGCCCUGACGGCCGCGGGUCUCGCGAGAGUUACACUGGGGAGCUGGAGGAGCUGCUGGGAGGUGAGUAAGCGCUUGCUGCCCGUCCCCCCAGGACCGCCGGGCUUGUAAUGAGCCCGGCGGUCCUAGGAGGUAUUAUCGGCAAUAUCGGUAUCUGAAUUGGCCGAUACCGAUAUUGCCGAAAAUACCGAAUAUCGGCCGAUUAUAUCGGUAAAACCGAUAAUCGGUCGAUCCCUAAAAAUAUGUUCUGGGGUGCCUGUAGCAAAUUUCAUCCAAUUUAUGCAUGUACUGUAUUUGCACUUACAAAGCAGUAGUCCCCACCCUGUGUGAAAAGUGGGACUGUGGCUGGGGGAACUUGUUACUUAUCCCAUAAAGACAAAGCAAAAGAACAGAUAGGGACUAAUGUCAAAUGGAUGAUAUAUUAUAGAAUAAUACAAUAAUAUAGAAAAAGGGACACAGUCCGAAAUAUACAUAUCCUUUUUGCCAGUAGGUCUUGCUUCUUAAAAAAAAAAAAACAAAAAAAAAAACUUGUGUCCGUGGGUACAUGUAAAAGAUAGAAAGGGAAACCAAAAGUGCAAUAUUUCUCAAUAUGUGGAGAACACACAACAUAGAAAUGUGUGAAUUCACACUUCUAUGUAAUAGAGCUUUAAACCAGCUUUAGUAUAUAAUAGCGUGCAGUGUUAUGAUCCCCACUUAUUGAUACGUGUAUUUCAUUUGUAACUUCAGGUGAGACUCGGUGAUAAACAAAUAUAAAAAAACAAAAUACAAUAGUGUUUACAAUACUAAUACCUUAACUUAUAGGUGUGUGACAUAGUUGGCAAGAGCUUACAUCUCCGCUAACUAUUUCAAGCUUAGGGCGGUACAAUCUCCAACUUAAGCAGACCGAUUCAACUCUCUCUUCGACAUCACGAUUGUGAACAUGUAUAGUAGCUAAUCUUGCAUAUACAGAGUUAAAACGAAUGUGUACUCACAUAAAUAAUAUCAAAUAAAGGGCAGCUUUGAGGUUAGUAAAUUAAAGGGAUACUAUAAGUGCCAGGAAUACAAAGCUGUAUUCCUGGCAAUAUAGCUCUCUCUGCCUCCUCACCCACCCACUCAGUGAAUAAAAUAUAAAAAAAAACUUUGGUUACUUACCUUAACUCCGCGCCAAUGUCCCUGGCGCUGGUUCGUGGCUCCGGCGUCUCGCGAUGAUCGGGUGCUAAUGCACCUAUGCAGCAAAUGCCUCACGCAUUAGACGUCCCCAUUGAAUCAAUGCUUUCCUAUGGGGAAAAAAUCUGAGGCUGGAUGUCCUAUGCAGAGAGUGAGGGCGCCCAGUGUCCGUUACUGGACCAAUGGUCCCGUUAGGAUCAAAGGAAGUGCCUCCAGUGGCCUUCUUGGAGACAGCCACUGGAGACAAACUUAAUGCUGCAAUGUAAACAGAACCUGCAAUGUUCAACAUUGCAGCACUAAGUGCAAUAGGGACACUACCCAGACCACUUCAAUAAGCUGAAGCAUGAAUAAAAAUAAAAAAAAACAGCCAUUGUAGGACAAAUGGGCUAGUGGCUGGUGAGAGGGCCCCAAUGAAGACAGAGAAAAGCCUCUGAUUACGAGGUAGGGUGUAGAGUACAUCUCGGUGGAAAAAAGCCAAAAUCGCGGGUCACAGACAUCUUAGAACAGGACAAGUAAGGGAAAAAAACAGGACUUGAAGCUAAUCUGAUGCUCUAAAAUCGACAUCUAAAGUGAAAGAAUAAAAAUAACUUGCGUAUCAAUGUUACAAAUAUGGGAAACUCAAAAAGGCAUCUUAAUGUAAAAAGGAGAUAAAUGUAUAGGGAAAUUACUAAAACAUACAUUAAAAUAAAUAAGAUGGUUGAAAAAUAAUUUUAAAAAGAUAUAUAUAUUUUAAAUGUAAGGCAGCUAAAAGUACCCCAAAAAAAUCAUGGAGUAUAAAAUAUAAAAGUAUACAAUUCCAAAAAAAGAUGCCUUGCACUCCAACCUCAAAGCAAAUAUACAAUUGUAUCAAUCAAUAUCGGCGGUCUGAGUUUCUAAUCCAAAAAAACAAUUCUUUUAAUCCAUAAACAAAUAGGUUGGCAUUUCAAUUCACCACAGGAACUUUCAUCGGAACAAUAAAAAGUUAGUACAUAUAAUUGUAGCUAUAUUGACCCAUGCAUGCACGCGCAUAGUAAGAUAAUGCGCUCAGUACAACACUUGGAGAGAGGAAGCUUCUCUAAUUUUUAGGCAACCGGUGUUGCCAGUCACAUGAUCACACGUAAUGUGGAGGAGUUUGGAAUCGUGCAUGCAUACACGGUGUAAGAGGAUGCACUCUGCACAGCACUUGGGAGGAUAAAUCAAUUACUUUGUCUAUAAAUAUCUAUAAUUUGAUGUAUUAACUUUCUGUUGUCCUGAUGAAAGUUUCUGUGGUGAACUGAAGCGGCCUCCAUGUAGGAUGUAAUGGGAAAUAAAGUCCAAAACAAUAAAGAGAAGGGCCUUGGACCAUGUGGGCCAUUAUAGAGAAGGGCAUAUUGAGGGAUGACUUGUCACAAAAAUAGUGUGAUACUUAAAGCAAAAAAAAAAAAAAGGCAUCUGAAAGAGAAAGAAGUUAAAAAUAUUACAUUUUUUUUUCCUUUUUCACCCGCUUUUUUAGGAUUAAAAAGGGUCAAAUUGUUAUUGAGGCCUUGUGGCUCUAAGGAUUUUAGGUUAAAAACCCAAUUAAUCUCACUUCUGCCUAAUAUCUUUUUAAUGUCUCCACCGCUCCAAGGUUUGUUAAAUUUCUGGAAACCAGUAACUAAAAAUUUUGGGUCAUUAUGGUGCACUCUAAAAUGUUUGGAUAGAGAGUGAUUUUAAAAAGCCAUAGUUACAGCAGUGUUCUGAUAUGAGGUUUUUAGACUUCUUGAUGUUAUAGAUAGAUAUGUAUGUGUGUGUGUGUGAAAACACAGUGACCAUCAGGGUAAGAUGAAGGGUGUAUUCUUGAGUAAUAGUUGGGAGUAGCAGAUAAUUAUUGUAAUCCAGCUGUGAUAAAUCAAAGCUCUCAUGACCUGGUAACAGGUCUAAUUUAUUUUUGACUGCAGGAGGAUCAAAGAAAAUGUAACCAUAAAUAAAAUAACACGUUAGCCAUGUAAUGGGAUCUUUUCAUUGUUCUUGAGAUCAAAAUAUUGCUAUCUCUGAUCUAUUUAGUUCUUAUUUUUUUUUUUUAAUAUACUUAAAUGCAGAAAAUGUUAAGGUCAGUUUAAAUUAUACAAACCCAGUCUCAUAUUUAGUUAAAGCGGCACUGUCAUGCCGAAUCCUUUUUUUUUUAACCCCCCUCCCGCCUCCACUAUCUCUAAUUGACCCCCUAGUCACUCCCAAAUGCCCCAGAGCCCCCCACAUUACCUAUUUUUUAUCUUUAUUUUCUGCCCCGAUCUUUAUUCAGGGCGCCGCCAUCUUUGUGUGGGUAGAUGAAGUCCCUGUGGGACACGUCAUCUGCCCAGACUGUGAGAUUCCCCGCACAUGUCUAGUGAAACACCUGGACAUGCGAACGGGAAUUUCAUCUAUUCAUUCAUCAGACAGACGAAUGAAUGAAUAGCAUUGUCAGACGAACAAACGAACACUGUGUAUCAGUGUUCGUUUGUUCGUUCAGUUUAUUACAAGGAGGGAGCUACCGGCACGCAGCUCCCUCCUUGUAAUAUGUAACUAUAGAAGCGGUAGGGAGCAGUGCUCCCCGCCACUUCAUAAUUCCCCCAGGUCCCCCCUCACUCUAUAGGGGUCAAUAUGACCCCCAUAAUAGCAUAAGGGAGAUUAAAAUCUCCCCAAUGCCCCUAAUCGCUAUACCGUGAGUAGGGACAUGUCUACUAAACCGUGAGCAGCCUGUGGCUGCUCACUGUAAAAAAACAAAACAAAAAAAACUAUUGGCCCCCACCCCUGGGCGGCGGGUGGGGGCCCGAAGUCAAAUUCACUCCCUCCCCCUCCCCCCCAUCAAAGGUGGCUAGGGGUCCCCAAGCCCCUAGUAACCCACCCCCCCACCCAAAUAAAAAGUCCCCUACCUAAAAAAUAGUGAGGGGGGAAUAAAAUAACUAACCUGUAAAGUAAAAUUAAACUUACCAUUCGACGUCUUCUUUUUUCUAAAAUCUUCAUUUUUCAGCCCCACAAAAGGCCAAAUAAAAAAACCAUCAUAACCGUCGAAUUUAAAAUAAAAUAAAAAUCCAGAGCACAAAAAAACCCAGACGAAAAAUAAAAAACCAGAGCGCAAAAAAAAAAAAUCCAUCUUCACCCAUGGAGGGCUCCGUGCAGACUGAGCUCCGCAGGGCGGGGAAGGCUUAUAAAGCCUUGCCCCGCCCUGCAAUUAGGCUAAGAACACUCUGGUGGGUUUAAGCCCCCUCAUUAUCAUUAUGGCCCCCACCCGCCGCCCAGGGGUGGGGGAGGACAGUAGUUUCCUCCACCCUCAUUAUCAUUAUGGCCCCCGCCGUCCCCCCUCCCCCCCUAUCAUUAUCAUUUUGGCCCCCACCCACCGAAUGAAAUUCCAUUACGAACAAAAUGCCGAAUUGAGUUCUAAAAGAAAAGAACAUAUUGUUCUCAUUCAGUUAGAACGCAAUUCGGCAGUUUCGUGUAAAAUGACAGGAAGCAUCGCGUGAACACUGAGGAAAGGUAAGAAUUAUGGGAAAAUUGCUCUGACCAGCGGAAAUGAAGCACACUUUGCUCCUCCGCUGGUCAGAGCUGGUCAAGCGGAGGAAUCCUCCAUAAGGCAAAGAGUCCCUACUUUGUCUUAUGAUUUUAAAGAAAACUAAAGAAGACAGGAAGAAAAGAAGAACAGAUCCUGAGAGAGGGGGAGAAGGGGAAGAGAUUGAGGAAAGGUCAGUUCGGCAUGACAGUGCCGCUUUAAAUGAUUAGUACAUUGACAUGACUUGGAUAAACUGAAAAGUUUCUGAAGUACUAAAAAUGUCAACUUCCAUGAGUGUAAGGCACUCCUUGUAAUAAUCUGUAAUAGGCAGCAUGGAUACAGAUCUGGAGGGGGGAAGAAAGGGUGUGCAUUCAAAGCACUAAAAUGAUGCGUUAUAUCUUUUUUGUUGCUGUAACUGUUUUUUCUCUUAAACGGUUUUAAGAGCCCUUGUAGCCUCUGUAAAAUCUCUGUAAUGGCCAGACAGUACUGAAGUCAAUCUUCAUAUUAUUAAAGCUGCUGAAGAGUGCUGGGAUUUGGGAACAUAGGAGAGCCCUAUUUUUUGUCAAACUGCUCCAGUAUGGUUUGAUUAAAAAAACAAAAAAAAUAUGUGUGUGUGUAUAAUAUCUUUAUUAAAAUUGUCCUUUGUAAUGGUGUAUCUGAUGUUUUUCUUAUUUUGAGGCAUAAAAGUAUUGAGCUUGCAUUAUUUCACAUACUAGCUAACCUCUUUGCACAACUUACUUUGACUAAAACAAGUCUGAUUAUACAGAUGCCGGAUACCAUCUCAUGUGCACAUGUAUCCCUAUAGACCAGUAAGGUUUCUUUGGAGCUUUCGGCUGUGAAAUAUUUCCAUAGGAUUGCAUAUGUGUGUUAUAAUUACCCUGGAGAGUAUGGUUACAGCUGCCAGAAACGGUGUGCUUUGUCCAUGGCAUUGUUUUGUAAUGCCACAUCUGGGGUACAUUAUUACUAGUGUAGAAAUUAAUAAACAAACGAGUUUGGUAUGCUGGUGCUUUUGGCAGCAACAUGCAAAAUAGUAAAGAAUCAACAGGCUAAGUUAAGUAUCCCAAAUUAUGUAGGGAAAUACUGUGUUAUAGCCCCUCCAUUCAUAAAACAUGAAACUGCUAACAGUGUUCUUAAACCAAACCUAAAAUGCUCACUUUUGUCUUAGCCCCAUAGUGCCCUUGCCUCGUGGUUAUGUGUAACGUUUGAUAUUUAUACAUUUGCUUAGAUCUCUGAAAUGAAGUAGAAGAGAACCAAUGUCUACUUUCCAAAUUGACUCUUUUUGUGUUUGCCUCUGUGCAAGGAGAUUUGAAUAAUUCUUACAGGCACUCAAGCUUUUCAUAUAAAAUGCAUCCUUUCUAAUUUUUAUUUAGGCUCAGUUGCGGGCAUUCAUUCCCGAAAUGCUAAAAUACUCCACCGGACGAGGCAAACCAGGCUGGGGUAAGGAGAGUUGCAAACCCAUUUGGUGGCCUAAUGACAUACCAUGGGCUAAUGUCCGCAGUGACGUACGCACAGAAGAGCAGAAACAAAGGGUAAGAUAGGACUGUGAUUCAAGAAAUAUUUUAAAUUGCAAAGUUAUGUUUUCUUGUCACAGUUGUUUGAUUACUUUCGGCUACUGUUCUCUGUAGGUUCAGUCUGGGUCUUUUCUCAUAGCCAUAAAACCUACUGCUUAUAGUAUAGAUACCAGAUAAGCUGAUACCUAAAAUAAUAGAGUAGUCAGAGUGAUUGGUAAUAUACGAGUGCAGGGGUAGGCAACCUAUGGCACGUGUGCAAGGCACUCGAUGUGUCUUUGCACGGCACUCAAGGCUGCUGGAGCCAGACAGACUCUGGCCUAUCAGGAGUCCCAGUGAAACUUGAGAUAUUUGAAAAUGUGGUGAAGGACAAUCCUCAAUUUAUUAAUUUCAGCACUUGUGAAUGGGAAUCCACACUGGAGUAGAGCAGCCUGCAGCUGCUGUUGCAGCUCCUGUCCUUGACCUGACCUGGCCAGCCUUGUCCCCACUAAAACCCAGUGAAGCCACCCACUUCUAGAUAUACACAGAAAUGCAGAAUAACCCUCCCCUCAUACAAAUAAUAAAAAUAGCCCACACACACACACAAACAUACACACAAUCUGCACAAAUGCAACACCACUAACAAUCCAUAUACAUGCAGCCUCUCACAUGCAAUAUCCCAAACAGCCCGUCACAUACACACACUACCAAACACACAAUGUGGCCUAUCCUGGAUCCGACCACACACAAUUCCACAAGCAGUCCCCAUACACAGCCCACAUUCAUAGGUAUCAUACAUGAUACCACAAACUACUCUUGAACAUAUUCAAAUUUAAUAACUCAUAUAUGCACAACUACAAUGAUACAAAGCAACUGCAGUAUAAAUAACACAAGCAGAACACAGCAACAUACACGUCUAUUUAAAAAAAAAUAAAAAAAAAUUAAAAUAGGGCUGACAUGCUACGGGACAUCCCAAUCUUAUUUUGGCACAGUGCUGCUAAAAUGUUUCCUACCCCUAUACUAGUGCAUGAAUAGACCAGGUUUUUACAUGUUAAUAACAGUCUGGUAUCAGAAUAAUAUUUUUUAUCAAUCUUGGUAGAAAGUCCAGAACAGGCCAUGUCAGCAAUGGGUAAAUGAGAAGCAUACAGUAACAAAACUUAGCAGUAAAGCUUCUGGACAACAAACACCCGUGUAGCCAGGUAGCUAAGGCACCAUCCCUAGGCUAGUUCUUUGUUAUUUAAAAACCUGGAGUCCUGUACCUCUCUUCAAUGCUUGGUGGGUUACUUCACCAGAGUAGAGCUAUAGCUCUUUCCACACUGCUUCCAACUUCUGAGGACCGAGGCAGAGGCUGGGACUAGAGCAAACUACAAGCGUUUGGUAGGCUAGAUAUAUAUGCUGGGCAUAUGACAGUCCGUAACAUAAUUGCCAGACAAGAGCAGCUUUACUCUUUUCCUCGCAUAUAAAGAGGACAGCAGUGCUUCAUGCUUUACUGGCGGGAGACACAUAAAAUGUGUGUGUACUUUUGUUGCAUUAAAAUGAAUAUUAUCUUAAUCAAAGGGGCACCUUCUUUAGUGAGCUGGUCGUGCCAUAUUUAACUUGUUCCAUUUUCCAUAACUGUAAAACAGAAAAUAAGACAAAGAAACUAAUUUUAUUCAUAUGAUAUGAUUUUAUACUGCUGAGUGUUCUGUGCAUUUAAAGAUGAGGUGUGUAAAGCUGUUUAUUAUUGAUAUAGCUUAACAAAGCUGCUGCUAACAAGUGCUGUGGUAUGUCUAAUUUGUGGCAAUGCAGGUUUCCUGGACUCAAGCAUUGCGGACGAUAGUUAAGAACUGUUACAAACAGCACGGUAGGGAAGACCUCUUAUAUGCAUUUGAAGAUCAGCAGACGACACAGGUGACAACAACGCAUGGUAUUGCUCAUCUUGUUCCUUCGCAGACCGUGGUACAAACAAUUAGCAACCCAGAUGGCACAGUGUCCCUCAUUCAGGUAUGUUUUAAUCCUUCACAAAUAACCUACCAGCAGGUGUGAUUCCUUGUCACAGAAAUUGAAUCACAGUAAUCUGAAUUGAAAUUCCUAUCAUGCUGCAAGAGAGCAUACUUAUAAAGCAUGAAAAAAAGUAACGUGUUGAGUCUAAGUCAGUGUGCACAAGCAUUUAUAGACAUUCCCUUUUACUGAAAGUAAGAUAAACUUAUUAAAAAUAUUCUAGUGGCUAGUUUGUCAAAAUACAAGUUUUUAGAAAUAACCUUAGAUUAGAGAGGUUCUGUCAUUAGCACAUGUCGCUCUGCAACUUGGCACAAAGUCCAGUCUAACUCGUAUAUAUGCGACUUUUCACAUCAGCCUACUAGCUUGCAGGGGGGCCCAAAAGGUAGAUCCCCAGGUGCAGAAUUAUAACUCCCAUGCUUACAUGCUUUUAGAAUGACAAAGCAUCAUGGUAGCUGUUUUUAAAACAUCUGGGAUUUCACUUUUUGGUACGUCUGAUUUAACACUUUUAAAACAAUGACCAUUUAAACCCUUGCAAUCUAACUAAAAGUAAAAUGUUCUUUAUCUAUGGUGUGAUUAACAUAAUGUUGUUCUUUACCUCUACAUUAUUAUAUUACAGAGAUAAAAAUAAAAAUGAUUGCUUAGGAUGUCUUCAGCUGAUUUGCUGGUUUGUUUCAUGUACAACAAUCUGUUAGCCCUGUAUGCAAAGAAUAUAAGGCUAAUACAAUAAUUGUGCCCAGUUAGAAAAAAAUUGUGCCAACAUUAUUUGGGUUAAAAUGUGUCACGGAGCUCUCUGUACCCCUGGCUGGGUACCUCCGCCAAGGACCGCUUCCUAGCUGGAACAGGGACCCCAGUCAAGCCGUGGCUUGACUGUGGUCCUGGAACCGCUCUCUUUUGGAGCCGAAUGGGGAACUCGCUCUAGCCACCCCCAGGCAAUGGACGACACACAGUCCUGGGAGCUCUAGUCCUCUAGACUUUCCCCGUUGAAUCCUUCACACUGAAACAGUGAUAAGUGAUUAGCCCUUUCCCGUCUCAGUAGCCAGACAACAGGCGACUGGGAGUACAAGCUGGAAUGAAUUUAAUCUGGCCAGAUGGCCUGCUUUUAUGCAAUUCUGAACACAGUUAAACAUUCCCACACAAACAAGCUAAACCCUUAUCGUGGACCUGAGAGGGGACUAGUGACCAGUCCCAAACUCCUCCCCUGUGCCUGAGAGAUAAUUGAGUCAGGAACUGAACUAACCCAAUUAUCUCCAGACACAAAAAAAAAAACCACAAUUCACAAAUAUCCCCAAAAUACCUUAAAAUACAUAAAAAUCCCACAAAAGUUACUUCCCCUGAUAGCCCUGAUCUGGGUGACCAACAUAUCCAAAAAUCACCUAGAUCAGUUCAGGGGUUCAGGAAUUUCCUGGAAGUCCUAAGUGACCAACUGCACACGAGGCUCCUGCCCAAAACGGUUCCAUAUGAUCAGAGCUAGCGGUCGGUCUAGUUCGGUAGUUUAAAACCGAACAAACUACCGAACAUAGUCAAUAUUCUUACCCUGGAGCUUGUUUCCCUUGUUUGUGGGAACGUUUCCACCGAGCAGUGUCUUCCUAAGUGUUGUAGAAACAAAUGCAGGUGAUGCUGGAAGUCCAGCGGUGUUUGGGAGAAUCUGUGUCCGUUUUCAGUUCCAUGAACUCGACGACAAUACACCGCUGCCUGCGUUCGUGAGAACAAGAUGGCCGCCACCUCGUGGUCGUCCAUAGGAAAUGUGGCCACCCAGACGAACACGUAGAACACUGCGGUCAAAAUUGCUACAAAGUAGUAAUUAGGCUUAACAAGCUACCCGGUGGUCUCCGGUUCGUGCGUCUGUUUGGUUCCCGAACCAUAUAGUCCAAAUACACGAGAGACGGAGACUUUUACAGGGCAUAGUACAGGGCCCAUAGUCUGUGGGCAGGCUCUUUCAGGAGCUUGUGGGAAGGGGAGUUUGUCACACUAUGUAUGUGAUAUUUUGCAUAAACUGUUUUAUACAAAUCCAACUCCAUUUUGAGCAGUGAUUUGUUAUGAUUUUAAAGAUAUGGUUGAUGUAUUCAGAGCAUAUUGAAAGUGUGGACAAAAACAAGGCGAAUAUAUUUAGCAUUUUGUGCUUUUAAUCACCUGAAACACGCAAUCCAAAGUCGGCACUAAUAACUUUGUCAAGGCAGUCGGAUGGUUUAUAUAAAUUCUAGAAGUUUAAAGUGUUUGACCUGAUGUUGUACCAAAAACUCAAUAAAGAAAUUUUGUGCAAUAAUAUAUUGAGUGAAGUGUAUGAUUAAAGUAUAAACAAUGUAAUGAAACACAAGUUAAAAAAAUGAACAGAUUGUUUUAACAACCAUAAUAACGUAAGCAAUGGUCUCUGUUUUCCAGCCAAUAUGUCCAACAAUACUACCUUAAUUUUAUUUACAUAGUUUUUGUAUAAAUCCACAUUACAUUACAGUACUGUUGCUAUAAUUGAGGGUAGUUAACUAUGCCGGGGCAGGAUCUCAGGGCUAACCACUUUCUCACUUGUUUUAUAUCUCAUAGGUUGGCACAGGAGCUACUGUUGCCACUCUUGCUGAUGCAUCAGAACUACCAACGACAGUGACUGUUGCUCAAGUAAAUUACUCUACAGUGAGCGAUGGAGAGGUACAGUUUGAGUUUAUAGAAGUCGCCAGUUAAUUUCCUUUUUACUGCAGAAACGCUGCAAAGACUUUGACAUCUUUCCAUGAACCAGAAUAAUGAUUGCCAUGAGUAAUAUUCUAUUAUGGUAUAAAUAUUGUAAAAUUAAGGUAGCUUUAUAAUAUUGCUACUGCUUAAAUGGCAAAACAUUGCAUUUUAUAUAUUCCUUUUUUUUUUUUUCUUUUUUUUUUUAAUAUUGCUAUUAAAGAAAAUAAAUCAUGAAAAACCUAUUUUGCGUUUUUAUAUUUUUUUAUUUUAAUGUGACAUUUAAGGAAUAUAUUUUCUCGCUUGAAGAGAUCUUCUUGAUUAGAAAUUUGAAAUUCUAGAACCUGAACUGUUUAAGAGCACAUUAAAAUACAUUAAAACAGCUUACCUCACCAGUGUACAUAUAAGGUUUUGCAGGUAAAACAUCCAAUCUCAGCUUCCAUUUCCAGAAGCCUUUGCAAGUGCUUGUGGCACCACCUAGCUCAAAAAAUUUCUGUACAAUAUUUGCGUUAUCACAGUUAUUGUGGGUAUAGUGCUACACCUGUAGCUUUUAUUUUUUUUUAUCUCAAAAUGGCCUUGAAGCUCUCAAGUUAGCAGCAGCCAGAGUGCAAACUUUGAAAGCUAGUAUAUAUUUCAGUUUCGUUUUUAUCUAUUUUAUUUUAAAUCCCCUUUUUGUAUUUUAAUGAAUUAUUUAAUAAAACUUAUGAAGUUGGGGUCAACUCCAGCCUGCAGUGAACCUUGAAGAGAUUAACCUCUUAACGGAACACUUUAAUGUCAGGAAUACAAACACUGAAUCAGUGCAUCUCCAUUGGCAAAGUUCAGAGUCUCCAUGCAGAUUGUGGAGGCAUUGAACACCAGUACUGCACACUGUGCAGCACCAACCCAUAAAGCACCUAGAGUGUGUCUGACUGCCACUAGAGGUGUUACUAGACAGCAAUGUAAACAGAGCCUUUUUUUUUUUUUUUUUUUUUAAAGGCAGCAUUUACAGUGCUCAGCCUGCGUGGACAGGCUAUUCACACGGGACUAUAGUGUCUCUUUAAGUUCCCUAGUACAUUCAGUGCUAUCCCCCUCAUAUAUAUUUUAUUUAUCUGUUUUGGAUUUGGUGACCACAAUUAAACAUUCAGUCCCUGCAUAUAAGUUGUUUUUUACGUUUUCUAAUUUUGUAUAUUUUAAUCCUGUUGAAUGAUUAGUUGUGUAUUGGAUAUGGCUUAAAGAGGACAUGUCACUUCCCAAGGCUUUUUAAUAGUAAUUUUUGUAUAUUUGCAUAUUGUUUAUUAAAUAUGUAUUGAGAUGCAUGCAACAUAAAUUUGUGUAGAAAUCUACAGCUAUUUGACCUGGACUCCUCCUCCUAAUUGGACUCCUCCAUCCUUGCCAGUCGUCGUUUCAAUCUCUGUCCUUUGCACCUGGCUGUCAGCAUAGAGAGAAGAUGAGAAAUGAAUUGUAAUCUUCUCUGACUGUGCCUAGAUAAAUUUGAAUUACGGCGUUGUUUGCUAACUUUCUUAUAUAAUUUUACAAGGAAAAGGAGCAUCACAAUAUAAAGGUUAACAAAAGUUAUAGAUGACUUUUAAAUAUUUAUUCAAUCGUGUUCUUUCCAAACUAGUGAUGAUUCCACUUUAAUAUAUUGCACAUUAAUGAACUGAAACAUUAUACAACUAGAGAGAUUGCAGCCAACCAUGUGUCAGGGCAUCAUUUAUAGUUAACAAAUGAUCAGAGAAGGCUAACAAAAAACAAAAAAUACACAAAGCGAAAGACCUAAUGUAUAUUAGUACUUUGCCAGUUCAGCAUUAUCUGCAAGUCCACACACUACAUUCUAGUGGCAGAAGUGGCUCAGGCUAAAUAAAAAUGUUUCUAAAAUAUUCCCAUAAAGUGUGAAUGAUUCUGUAGGUGAGCUGUUCCAACAAAGAGCUGUGUGUGAAGAUAAAUGCCUAUUACAUUUUUAUCUGGAGCGGGUUUUCUAAAAGCAAGUGAGAAAAUAUUCAUCAGCCGCAUGCUUUUUGAAUGAAGAACUUCCAGAACAAUGAGCCUGUCUGGGCCACAAGCCGAUUGGACUGACCGGAGAUUGCACUUUUCAGCUUUUGCCCUACAGAGAAACAACACUCAUUAGACUUAAGCUUUAAAUCAGAAUGUAGUAGCCUUUAAAAUUAACCUUAUUAAGCAAUUUUUUGUGUACUACUAAAGUGUUUUUGUGAAAAUUAUGUAUUGAAACGAGAAGUACCUUUUAGCUGCAAGCAAAGCAUCUUAAACUAUGAUGGACUUUUUACAGCAUUGCACUGGAGAAUAUGCUUACAGAUAGGUGUUUUGAAGGCAUUUGCAAGCAUGGUUACUGUCAGUAUGCAAAAAAAUUAAACAUUGGUUGUGAUGUAAAAAUAUACUUUCAUCGUUUACUGUACAGAAGUGUGUGGGUCAUUUUGAUAGUUUAUUCAACAGUAAUCUGUUUGUAUAAAGAUGAAAUGUCUGUUUUAGAGAGAGUAUUGCAUACAUCCUUGGUUCUGCAUAAUCACAGUGCAAGCAUUCUUACUCUAGAAGGUUAUCCGUAAUUUUGUUUGUUCCCACAGUAGUAUACAGCUAAAAUACAGAUCUUAAAGGGGCAAUCCAAGCACCAUAUUUCCUAUAGUUUACUGUAGGAAAACUGAGAUUUUCUCAGAAUGAUAUUGCAAAGGGAAGGGCUCAAGAUGUCAGGAAAUUCUCCAGUUUUCUGUCAAACCACUUGAAAAUGGUUUUGGGGGAAAAAACUGUGACUGAGUACCUUGCACCAUAACCACUACAAUAAGCUUUAGGUGUUCUGGUGUUUGGAGCAUCCCUUUAAGAAUAAAGAAAAAGAAUCACGUAGGGGCAUUUGGGAACCUGCAUGAUUAUGGUAUGACACGGUUAUAAUGUAACACUUCUAUGUUUAUACUUUUUAUGCAGCAAUAUAAACACCUCAAGACUUUGUUGCUUUCCUACAUGUUUGUUUUUGUUUCGGUUUUUUGGCUUCUUUAUUUCAUCAUGUUAACAGAAAUAGACGAUUGUUUUAUUUUUUUAUUUAUUAUCACUAAUAAUUCUGAUUGAUGUGUUCUUUUAUAUGUUGAUUAUGUGUUGGUUUGGUGUAUUGGUUUGUUUAUUUUUAUAUAAAAAAAAUAAUAAUUUUUCUCCCAGUAACUUGCUUCUCUGCUUUAGUUGAAAUCCUCCUCCUUCUUUAAGGGAACUAAAAACCCAGUCUUAAUAUACAAAUCCUCCAACUAACCUCUGGAAUGGCUCUCUUUUUUUAUGCCAUUUAGGUAGAACAGAAUUGGGCUACACUUCAGGGGGGUGAAAUGACCAUCCAAACGACGCAGGCAUCUGAAGCCACUCAGGCUGUGGCAUCCCUGGCAGAAGCAGCAGUGGCAGCGUCACAUGAUAUGGCACAAGGAGCUACAGUUACCAUGGCUCUUAACAGGUAGUUAAGUGUUAAAGAUAGCAUGUUCAUGAUAUCUAAAGAUAGUUUAUUCUUUGACACUUCCACACCAUGAACACCUGGUAUCUCACCUUAAAGGGACACUGUAGUCACCAGAACAACUUCAUUAUUCUGUUUGUUCUGUUGAGUAGAAUUAUUACCUUCAGGCUUAUUGCAGUAAACACGGUCUUUUCAGAGAAAAUGCAGUGUUUACAUUACAGCCUAGGGAAACCACCACAGGCCACUUCUCUGAUGGCUACUAGAGGUACUUCCUGGAGCAGUACUGCAUAGUAAGCAGCACUGUGAUUUAGUGUCUCCACACUCUGCAUGGAGACACUGAAAUUUCCUCAUAGAGAUGCAUUGAUUCAAUAUAUCUCUUUGAGGAGAUGCUGACUGGCCAUGGCUAAUUUGACUUGUGCUGGCUCUGCCCCCUCAUCUCAGCCAAUCCUAUGGGAAGCAUUAUGAUUGGCUUUGAUCAAGACUUCUGAAGAUGUCAGCCAAGCAGGCAGAUCGGGGUCAGAGCCAGCAACAGCAGACUGGAAUAAAAGUAAAAUGUUGCUAUAUUAAGGGGGGGCUAGAUGGUGUUUUUAACACUAUAGGGUCAGGAAUACAUGUUUGUGUUCCUGGCCCUACAGUGUUUCUUUAAAUACAUUUAGCACAUUGUUUUAUAAGUGUAUCUUCUGUGUGUAAUGAGGCAAAAACCUCUAGUCUCCUCUAAGCCCCCUAGUAGUUUAGCUCACUUUACUGUAAGAUAGUCUGUCUUCUGGUUGUCUUUGAGAACUGCUAUGAGACUUUUAAGUCCAAUCUAGACUGCAUUAUGAUGCAAGAUGAGAGUGAUUGCCAGACUUACUAAAUUGUGAUGUUGAUUCCCUAAGAUCUUAGUUUUUAUUCAACAGCUUAAAGUUUGAUACUCUAUACUUUUCAUACGUGCAAAAUUUGUUACUGUGGUAUAAAGCCAUUUUAAAUGUAAUCUGUUUUUUUACUUUAAUAUAAUAGUGGAAGUCUUAAAACUUUUUGACUGUUAUUUACAUACAGUAUGUUGAAGUGCUAGUCACAUUUUAAGAUAUUCAUCGUUCACAUACAGGUUUAUUCACUAAAGUGAGAAUUCAAAAUGAAUUUCAAGUUUAAAGGCAAAGUAGCCCAAGUGGAAGCACUUAGAAAAUUUUCACAGUUUGUUCAUUUUGGGCUUAAAUUUUAUUUAUUUUAAAUGUCUGAAAAUUCACUCUUAAGUAAAUAACACAUUUAAAAAUAAAUAUGCACCACUACCAUAGUGUGCCUCUCUCUGACCAUCUGAAAUGUAUGCAGCUCAUAUAAUGAAUUCCACAGCACAAACUAUCUGCCUCUGUCAUUUGUAUUCUUAAGAUUAUGUACGCUUAGGAAUGUUUUGUUUUGAGAAACCACCUGCUUGUGCCACAGUUGUCUUUGAAACGAGUAUUCUGGAUAUUGUGGCCCUUUUUGCAAUUAAUGCAGUUAUGUAAAGUGUAUUUCCUGUGGACUUUUAAAAUAAUGUGUGCUCUUAAUGCAGGUGAAUGUUUUAGCCCUGGAUGGCUUUGCCUACUUGUGUAAUCUUGCCUGUACUGAAUACACAUCUAGACUAAACUAUUCAAUCUCCGUAGCAAGUGCAUUUAUUAUUUUUUAAUCAUUUUCAACCAUCCGCUUAAAGGAAACCUAUUGUCUCAAAAUAUUUUUUAUAUAUAAUAAUAAUUUCAUCAAGUUUUGAAAGGAAAUGGAUUUAUUUAUUUUAAAGUGACAUAUAUGUAAGUAAAGAAGAAAUCUCAUCCCUACCAUUAGUAUAUGACCGGAUCCUUCAUCCAUAUACAUACACCUUGGGUCAUAGAGUGUUUGUAUUCCGACAGUUAGUCUCUAAGAUAUUCUCAGAUUCUGUUCAGGGAGUAAAGCCGGAAGACCACAGAGAUGGUCUGUGCCUGAUCCUCAUUUCUAUCACAAGAGGGCACUGCUACUGAAUUUGUUUUGCUUUUUUUAUGACGCAGUGACUGCAUUUUAACAGAAAAAAUGUAGUGCUAAAAUAAAAUAUCCAGUUUUCCCAAAUCAAUUUAGUGCUUGGCUGCCACGCACAAAAUAUUCAGCCAUCACAAACACAAAUAAUAAAUAUACAUAUAAUACAUUAAACAAUGUAUAACAAUGGUGUAAAUAGUUCUCUAGCUGUAAUAGCACUCAAAGUCCAUUGAUGCUCUGCAGCCAUCCUAAUAGAAAAUUAGUCUGUCUAAAGCUGGAGAAGUAAUCCCAGACUUGUACUAAAAGUGCAUCUCUAUUUAGUAUAGAAAAUAUAUAAACAUUCUAAAUGAUCUUGGAACAAUUAUUGAUACUUUAAUGUUUUUUGGUUUUUUUUGUUUGUUUUUUUACCUUUUACAUUUGAUAAAUUUAUUGAUUAUUAAAUCGAUCCCUAAUCUAAAUCUUGAAACCUGCUAAGCUUAACCCCUUAAGGACCAAACUUCUGGAAUAAAAGUGAAUCAUGACAUGUCACACAUGUCAUGUGUCCUUAAGGGGUUAAAGGAAUCCUUUGGCAUCAAAGCAAUGUAAGGUUAGCUUCAUGAAGCGGUUUUAGUGUGUAGAUCAUGCCCAGCAGUUUUACUGCUCAAUUCUCUGCCAUUUAGGCGCUUUCUGUCCAUGCAGCUCUAGCCACAUGUCCACUGGCUGUGAGUGACACAUCCUGCAUGGAAAAAUGGUUUCUGUCAGAUGUUAACUUGGUUUAGAAAUUUUUACCUCCUGCUCUGUAAAGUUAACUUAACUCACAUGCAAGCGUCUCCUGGAGGGUCUAGCAGGCUAGUAAUAGAGCAGGAGAUAAGAAAUUCUAAAUUAAAUAAAAAAUGCAAUAAAGGAAGUUUAAACAUUAGAUUUUUCUUUCCAGGAAGUGUUUAGGAAGGCUGUUUAGGUCUCAUGCAGGGAGACGAGAUUAGGACUCUAUAAACAAAAAAUAAACCGACUAAGCUGAAACCGAAGUGUAGCAAAUGUGGCAGUGAUCUGUGUAAUUAACCUAUUUCAGCUGGAACAAUGUUCCACAAGUGAACAGAUUGUCAUUGGACAACCAGCAGAUCCCUGUUUAGACUCCAUCAAGCUUUUAACCAAUACUAGUUCUAUGGACAAAAUAAAGCAGAAUAUGUUCUGGAGGAACAUUUUAAAGCAUGCAAACCUGCAAAUGGACAUGUUAAAGCUUUUUGAAUUAUGAAUCGUAGUGUUUUGUGUGCUGUACAUUCAUCCCCCUACAGAUACAUAACAUUUGCAGAUGGCUACUACACAUUCACAUUAUUCUCAAUGUUGUUAUUAGAACUUUAGAACUGUUGUUUAUGAUCAAAAAAAAUUAUAAAUGCUUGGAAUGUUUAUCAUUUUAAAGUUGGCAACCUGAAACCAUUAUUCAAAUCUUUUAAAUUAUCAAUAUUUUAUUGGUGUUCAGUCUUAAAAAUACAAUUUUAUUUUUAUAUAUAUGUAUAUAUUUGUAUUGUAUUAUUUUAAAAUGUGUGUGUGUGUGUGUGUGUGUGUGUGUGUGUGUGUAUAUUUAUUUAUUUUUACAGAUAAAUGUAUUUUUGAGCAUUGAAUGUAGUGUUAUGGUCUCCAACCUUAGAAUAAAAUCCUUUUAAUAUAUAAAGUACCUUUGCAUAAUUCGCACUGUAUUCCAUUGACACUCUAAUUUAGUUUCCUUGUGCCAUUGCUGAUUUCUACAAAUAUUUUACUUUUGUAACCAUCAAUGCUUUUGGAUGUUUGAAGGGCUAAUAUUACUGUUAUUGUGGAGUUUACUAUUGUUUGGAGUCACUUUGCAGCUUUUUUAUGUUUCAAAUCUGCUUUUUUCCCAUGUUGUUGUUUGUCUAACUAUAGUGAAGCCGCUGCUCAUGCUGUAGCCACUCUGGCAGAAGCUACCUUGCAGGGAGGAGGACAAAUUGUAUUGUCAGGUGAAACUGCAGCAGCUGUGGGAGCACUGACUGGAGUGCCGGAUGCCAAUGGUAGGAAAACACAAUUUUUAUUAGGAUCCUCUUUGUAGAAGGAUUUUUUUUUUUAAUAUAUAUUUCUUUUACCAUAUAAGUUAGUAUUCUCAAAUGCAUGGAAUCGGUAUGUUCCUCUUUCCAUGAUUGGCUUAGCAGAUUACAAAGAAGUAUUGACCAAUGGGAUAUUUAGGAAAUGCUUGAGUACACUGCGUUUAAAGAUGUGCUUAGCAUACUCUGAUGUGUGUUUGUGGCUCUUCUUGAUGCCCAUUUCUUUAUUGUUUUAGCACUAUUUGGUCAUCACUUAGCUUUAACUCACAGCAUUUAUAAUUUGAUACCAAAAAAAUACCAUAUUCAGGAAAAUUGAGUUCAUGUUGAAAGAAAUUAACAGUUGCAAAGAUGUAAAGGGCAGCUAUGGGAUUAAGAUAAUCCUAACAGUUGAAUAAUUACUCCUCUUUACAUUCAUAAUAUUUAUAAAGGUAUGUUCAUGUAGACAACACAGGACUGACUGAUGUUGGUGUCCAAAGAAAACAUUAUUUUAAACUCUGAAAACAUGAAAUUUCAAUAACAUUUUAUUUCAUAUCGCUUUCUGUCUUGACCAAGGAAAACCUGCAUUACGGCAAGAUAUUUUUUGACUACUUACACUCAGCCUGUCUUCGUGUUAAUACAAAGCAAGCCAGGAUGUUCAGAGAAGUGAUGCAAUUCAACACUGAAAAUACAGUUUUAUUAUUGCACUUGGUGACCAUGCAUCCUCUCUAAUGCAUUUAUACACUUUAUAAACGGACCACGCAAGUCACCCAGAACAUUUCAUGUAAAUGAAGUGGUCUGGGUACAGUUGUCCUGUAUGUUUAACACUUUAAGAAGGGGACAAUGUUUACCUUGAAAGGUUAAACACUCCACUAGUGGCGCUUCCGUUGCAAGUACCAAGUAAGACUGGGUCACUUGAUGUUGCAGCUCUUAGGAAAGCAUUGGAUUCAAUGCUUAACUGUAAGAAGCCCUGCACGCAUGCACAGUGCUCGCUCCUCCUCUCUAAGGAGCGCAUGAUUGGACCAGCGAUGGAGCAGUCGCCUUAUCCUUGAUGACUUUGCGUGAAGCGGAGACGUCACCAGGAAAAAGGCAAGUGAAAACCUUUUUUUUUGUUUAAAGUGACACAAUAACGAUUUAACCUAAAUUAAUUUAUCAUUAUUCCUAGAAUCCCCUUGCACUGUCCAUCUAUUCAGUGUUAAACAGUUACGAGCAGUUUAACACUGAAUGAGGAUUCCUGGCUUCCCAUAGGCCCACUGCCACUGUGUGUCCCUUUAAUAUUAUUAUGGCAGACAGAUGGGGAACAUGAAUGUAGCAAGGAACAGGGGUACUAUAGUGUUGAUAAUACAGGUUUUCAUUCAUAACACUAUACAGUGUUUCUUUAAAGUAACUCAGAAAAUGCUCUUUAGACCAUUCUUUGAUUGGUCUCUGCAGUUUUACAAAUCACUAUUUAAUAAACAAUUAGCUGUGGGGAGAUAUAUAUAUAUAUGUGUGCCUUGGAGAAAUGUAGUACAGAAUUAGGUAAAAGCUUAGAGAGAAGUAAUCUCACAAAUAUUUCCAUGUUGAUAGGUUUGCUUUUUAGGGCAUUGCAUAACAUCUAUGUCUUACUAUGGUUCCUGCAAUAGAUAUAUACGCAUUGUGAAUACAGUAACACGAUGUAAACUGUCCUUUUGCCAAGUGGUUGCAAAUAUGUUUGAAAUUACAGAAAGGAGUUUGUUUAAAUUUAGACACUUGUAUGUAACAAAUACAACCUGGAGCGGAUUACUAUGUAAUGGGUUCAGAUUAAUUAAUGCUGAAAGCAGCAAUGCAUUACUGCUGUUUGACGCAAGCAGGAUGGGAUUACUGUGCACUUUUCAAUAUACAGGGAGUAGAAAUCGGAGUGUAUUGUUUAUCUGAGAGAUUGAGACACAAAAUAUCCCUCCUCAUGUUCUUCUGGCAUAGUUCUGUCAUUUUGCUUUGCAUUGUGGAAUUAAGCGAGCUGGACUUUGCUUCCUUAUUAAUAGAAAAGUAUGCAUAUCCCCUUUAUAACAUGAGUAGUAUAGAUUUACAGAGCAAACUGUAGCUAUUUUAUUAUAAUUACUUUAAAAUAAACUAAAAGGAUUGGGAAAAUAACCACUACAGGUACACAUUGAAGGGACAUUGUAGGCACCCAGACCACUUCAUCUCUUGUGGAAGUGGUCUGAAUGCACUGUCCCUGUCCCCCUUUGCCCUUUGCACUUUUAGAGAAACAGUAAUGUUAAUUUUGCAGGUUUAAGCCUUCCUCUAGUAGCUGUCUAUCAGAUGGCCACUAGAGGCGCUUUCUCUAGUUUCACAGAGUUUGACACUGUGAAACAACGUUGGAUGUCCUCACAAUUGGCACGGGGAUGUCCAGCGUCUUCUAAAUUCCCAUGGAAAGCAUUGAGUCACGCCUUAGAUUACUACCACCGGCUGACGUUGGCAGAGGAGAAGCCUGACCCAGUAACGAGUGACAUUGCUGCUGGAAUUGGGUAAGUGUUAAAGGGUUUUGUAUUUUAAGCCUUUCAUAGAUGGGGGGGGGCGGGGGGGGAGGGGGAGAGGGACACUAGUGUAUGGAAUACAUCUUUGUAUUCCUAACACUAAAGUGUUCCUUUAAUUGGAAUCAACAAAAAUUACUUGACAUAGUUUUGAUCUAAUUGUGAGCAUUGUCUUUAUAACGGAUCCAUUUAAACUGUUGACUUGCCAAUAAAAAGUCACACAUUUUCCUGUUUUCUUUCGGCCCUGGGAAAAAGAUGUCAAAGUUUUAGUUUCUGGCUUUUUCAUGGCAUUGAAUUGUUUUUUUGUUUUGUUUUAUUUUUUUUCUAAUUGUAAUAAAUGACAAAGAUGUUUGUUGGAAGUCUGUUGCGACUGCUGAGUAUUCAUAAAGUGCACCCAGGAGAUGUUACUUUGCUGGGGCAUUGGCUCCACAUUGCAUACUAUAAAUUCUAAAUUAACUGGAAGCUCUCUGCUAUAGCACACUGCAGCAGUACAAAUCCCACCAGAUUCUUAUGAAGUUCUGGAGCACCCCUGUUGAUGAUUAGUCCUGAUCUGCCCAUCUUCCUAAACUAAAUAUAGUCCACAAAGCAGAUCAAGACUGAUCACUGUCUCCUUUGUGUGUGUGUGUGUGAUGCCAUGGGUAAAUCAGAUAUAACCAGUUUUAUGCCCAUUUUGGUCUCAAAUUAAAAUAAAAGAUGAGGACAGCAAGCAGUUGCUGAUAUCACAUUCGUUAAAUGUAUUAUACCUCCCUUCCUCAAGACAUAGACAUUAUUUUUUGGCACAUUGCUGUUGGUUUCGAAAACUAUUUUGUUCAAUCUCUGUGAGCUCCAGGAAAAAAAGUAAUUAAAUAUAAUUAUUUUAGAAGGCGGUUACCUAGUAGAACCUAAAAUAUCUACUCACAACCUAAAUGACUUUAUAGGAAGAAGCAGCUGAGAGUAGUAUAGACUGUUGACAGAGCUGUAGUAAGACACCCUCCUCACUUUAAAUUCACGUUAAUUUCACUCCUCUUAGUAGCAUCCACUCAAGGACCAUCAAACAUGCUUUAUAUUAUACGGGAAAAGGGCAAAGGACCAUCAAACGUGCUUUUUAUUAUACGGGAAAAGGGCAAAGGACCAUCAAACAUGCUUUGUUAUACAGGAAAAGGGCUAAGGACCAUCAAACAUGCUUUAUAUUUUACAAGGAAAAGGGGGGCUAUCAUUGCACUUUAAAAACCGCAUAAACGGUAGUUUAUACAUAUGAAGAAUAUAUGCAGUUUAUACUUUGCCUUAUUGUAGAAUAGAGUAUAUGCUCCUUCCUAAAAUAAAUCUUAGUUUGGCAUGGAAUUAAUUGAGGACCUCUGCUGACUCCACCUAAAGACAUGUAUGUACAGUGAUAGUAAUAACUGUGACAAAAUCCUCUGACAAUUGGCCUAAAUUAAGCUCGCAUUGAAAAAAGCUUGCAUAGCAAUACAUGAAAAAAGAAACGAACGGAAUAACUGUCUAAAAUGUCAUGCUGUGCAAGAGCGAGAAAUUAUUUGAUUAUUAAAUGCUAAUGGAUUUAGUAAAAGGAAUAUAGAUUGCCAUUAAAAAAGUGAUUUGUAAGACUGUUAUUCCAAGUAUAAAUGCAAAGUUAAUUUCGGCAAAUACCAAAAUAUAUUACUGUUAUCCUUUGCGUAUGUAUAAUUACUCGCAACUGCCAUUUUGUCUGUUUUUUUGAUAAUUCAUAUGAGUAGAAGUAGACAAAAAAGAGCAUCCUUUUAUUAAACCAAGGAUGUAAAAAAUAUGAUAAAAAUAAUUUCAGGAGUUUAAAAAUAUCAGGAAGUAUUACUUUACUGAGAGGGUAGUGGAUGCAUGGAAUAGCCUUCCAGCCGAAGGUUAACACAGUUAAGGAGUUUAAGCAUGUGUGGGAUAUGCAUAAGGCUAUCCUAACUAUAAAAUAAGGCCAGGGACUAAUGAAAGUAUUUAGGGCAGACUAGAUGGGCCGAAUGGUUCUUAUCUGCCGUCACAUUCUAUGUUUCUACGUGUCUCCGUUAACCACACCUUAGAACAGGGUCUCUCACCCACUUGAAUGUACUGAUACUAUAUUCCCUAGCAGAAUAAAUAAGGAACGUAUAAAAUUGUAAUGAUCAAUACAUAGUCCAUAAUGUGUUUAGAACUAAAUAACUUGUAGGUAAUUGCUACUGAAGAUCAUAAUAGACUAUAAUUUUUAUAAAGGUCGUGUGGAACUUUAAUGACGUUAUUGAAGUUUUUCUUUCACGUGAUUUAUGGUAAUUCAGUUUAACCCCUUAAGGACACAUGACAGGUGUGACAUGUCAUGAUUCCCUUUUAUUCCAGAAGUUUGGUCCUUAAGGUGUUUAAAAAAAAAAAAAAAAAAAUGUUUCUGAACAGUUAACUGAUCUUCCAGUUUACAGUUAGUAAAUAAUAAUAUAAAGGUCCUAAAAUAGCAGUUUACUUUUAAUAGGUAUAAUUUAAGUUGUUUGUAUAAAAUAGGAUGGGUGGAUUUGUUCUUGCCAAGAAGUUAAUGUUUGACAAGAUAGCAGAGGGUAACAGUUUUCACUAUUUCGUGGCCGUGUUAUUUUAAAUUUUUUCUCUCUGUAGUACUAGGUAGCUAUUAGGUCAGACUUGUUGUGAUCCACUUAUUGUCCUUGAAACAACAACUGGAGCCAUUUAAACACACAAGAGCUUAAUAUCUUGAAUCUUAGAACUGUGGAGAUGCUUUUUCACCUGUUCACUGAUGAAUGUGUGUUUACACAGCCCUGCAUAUAGUGUUUGUCUAAUUUAUAAAAGCAUGGGUUAUCGUGUGUGUGUGUGUAUAUAUAUUAUUUAUAUGAUUAUUAUUAUUAUUAUUUAUAUGGCGCCAUCACAUUCCGUAGCGCUGUACAUUGGAUAUAUAUAUAUAUAUAUUUAUUUAUUUAUUUAUUUUACUUUUGGGGGUCGCUUUGUUUUCUUCCAUUAAAAUAUCGGAAUAGGAGGUUGGAUGUAUUGAUUAUGUAUUAUACAAACUGAGCAUGACCCAAUAAAGUAAAUUAUGGUGAUUUUUUUUUUUAAUAUUAUUAUUCUUCCUCUAAUAGUCCACAUGUCACAGACCCCUUGCUCUUUUCCCAUCAUCUCUCGUGAAAUCUAUGUUUGCCUGAUAAUGCGACUUCCAGAACAUGAUUGAGAUUUCCUCAAGUAAUUUUGGGAAUCAUUUAUAAGGAAUACCCAUAACCAUAGAGAUAAUCUCACACCUUACCUGGGGAAGCCAGAGAUAUUAAGUCCUUGGUCAUAAAGCCCCCCUGUUGCUACUGUUACUGUUUUACUUAAAAAUGUGAGCAGGGUUCUUUCCAUAUCUCAAAAAUGUAGUGAUGAAUAAUAAGGGAAGCUAAGUACAUCACUUUUUAUGGUGUUAGCAGAUUUGAUUUUGAUCACGCUUCUUUUUAGCCAAACGCUAUACUUAAUCUCGGAAUGAAUACAUGUCAUUCUGCAUUUUUGAUAUUUGUUUUCCAUGUAUAGAUAACCUAUAGUUUCCCACAGACAGCUGUCAUAGGAAAGUAGUAACAUGAUCUGAAAGAUGCUGUUGGCCUUAUUCCCAGAAGGCGACUAUAAUUGCAUACACCAUCUUGUGUAGUAAAGUGGUUCAUGACACUCAGAUAAAAUUAAGAAAAGAAAAUAUGUUCUCACUGGAGGCAAUCUGCACAGUAUUCCUGUAGCAAACAUCUAAACAAACUGUAAAAACACAGACUAAAGGCCUCUAAUCAUUAGGAGAUACCUAGAUAAAAAUAUAAUUCCAGCAAAACACCAGUGUUGGCCACAGAAUACAAAAGGUACUUAUAUGCAUUAAUGGGCAGUGUCAGGUUUUUAAAAAUAAACUUGUCGAAAAUAAAACCCUUCCAAACAUAAUACAAGCAGCAGCUUUUAAAAGAUCUGGUGCACAGGAGUUGACAGAGAUGAACAAAAAGUUCACAGACUAAAACACUUGUAAUUUAUUUUUUUAAUACUCAAACCAAAUUAUAUUCCCUGGGCAAUGUUGAUAAGAAGAGACUACUAGAUUGUGAUCCAGUCUUACUAAAUUAAAGGACAACUAUAGGCACCCAGACCACUUCAGCUUAAUGAAGUGGUCUGGGUGCCUGGUCCAGCUAGGGUUAACCCCCCCCCCCUUUUUUUUUUUAAUAAACAUAGCAGUUUCAGAGAAUGCGCGUUCACCCGAAGAGGAGGAGGAGAGCUCCCCACCCGGCGCUGGAGAAAGAGGUAAGUUUAACCCCUUCCUCUCCAUCCAGCCCGGCGGGAGGGGGACCCUGAGAGUGGGGGCACCCUCAGGGCACUAUAGUGCCAGGAAAACGAGUAUGUUUUCAUGGAACUAUAGUGGUCCUUUAAUGUUCUUCUCCUCUAUAUAUUAUUUUCUACAAAAUACUCCCCUUGUUUUCAUAAAUGUAUGAAAAGCAGAUAACUCAGGGAGAUUUUGAGAAUAUAAUAUCAAUCUGUUUAGUUCAGUGCCUCAUUCUAUAUCACUCCUAAUUUGGAAGUACUCCAGCGUCCUAUCAUUUGUUUAUUUAUUAUUACUGUGGCGCUCUGCCAUCCUAUCCAAGCUAUAAUGUUCGUUUGGAAUACAAGUCCUGUUUCGUGAGCGUUAUAUUCUAUUUGGAACUCUAUCAUUGUUUUUGCUGAUAUAACUGGGAAGAAGUGUGCUGUGUGAAAUAAAACAUUUACGGACUUAAUUUUGUAUGUUGAGAAAACAUGUACCUUUUUCUUUCCUAAAGACUUUUUUAGAAUUCUUUCCCAAAGGAAUUUUAGCUGCAACGUAAUAUCUAAGUGAUGUGUGUAUCGUGUUUACAGUAGCUGAUUUUGCAGGCAGAGAGCACGACAAUUUAUCAGCAAUUUUCUGUUUGUGCUUGCGUGCAGUAAGUACCCGGCCUAAUGAUUAAUACUUGUUCUGCAAAUAUACACUAUAAACUAUAUUUAUUUAUCAACCUAUUAUUUGCUAUAUAUGAUAAACCGCACAUUAUUACUCCUUGCUUGCCGUUUGUAGUAGCAAUUGGCCAAAUACUCGAUUUGCGUAAAAUGUUAAUGGUGGAAGACACUCAUAUGGUUGGUAGCUUCCUGUUACGAUGGGCAGAGGUCGCAGUGGUCCUUCUGAGUCCUCUGUCUUCCCUUCUUGGAUUUUACCAAGGGGAAGUUUCAUAAAGUAAAAACAUUGCACAUACAUGCACGGAAUAGAGUGUAAAACUGCUUUCAGGGGUUAAAGUUGCCCAGACCCCGUUUCACUGCUUGUGGGGGGGUGUAGCAGGGCAUGCUCUCAUUACCUCCUCCCUCAUACUGCAGUGCAGUGGGAUGGAGCAAUCUCUAUCCUGAUUCCCUUCUCCUCCCCAUGACCUUCCCAGCUCCUGACAGCUUGCUGUGCUGUAAAGCAGCUCAUGUGACUGCAGUAAUCCGGAGCCAGUAAACAGCUGUGCAGGAAAAUUGCAGGUUGAAUCAAGCCUAUUGUUCCGCACUGCAGACUAGACUCUGAGGCAGUCGCCACUGCUGCUGAGGGCUGGGAGUUUACUAUAUUCUACAAUACAGUACACGGGUAAAACCAUGCAUUAUGAUCCAAGUGCAAUACAUUUUCCAAGUUGUAAGAUUUCCAGUAACUCGUCUUUUCACUUGUAGUAUAACUUGUAGUUUCCUUACAGAUGUGGCGUUUCCCAUGGCACACCUGGAUGAAAUGUUUUGAAAACAAAUUGUUCAUUUUUCUUGUUACAAAUACAUUUUACCCAUUGAUCAUUUCAAAUAAAGCCGUGCAGUUACGGAUUAUGCUAUUAGCUACUGGUAGAGCUUUACAUUCUCAGUAAGUAAAAAUACUUGUUUUAAAUUACAUUAACAGUUUGUGUCUCUUGCUUCUCAUCUUUUCAAGCAAGUACAAAUGUAAAUGUCAUUGUACACUGCACAGUCACUACAAUCUCACAAACUGUGUUGAUAAGCUGCUUCUUGGAUUUUAAAGGGACAAUAUAGGCGCCAAGGCCACUUCAGCUCAUUGUAACAGUCUGGGGCCGGUGUCCCGGUCACACUUAGCCCUGCAAUGUAAAACACUGCUGUUUUAGUGCAAACUGCAAUGUUAAUAUUGCAGGACUUACACUGCCUCUAGUGGCUGUCUAUCAGACAGCCACUAGAGGCACUUCUGGUAUUUUGCUGUACUUUAGGUCGCCUAACGCUUGACAUCCUCACUCUCUACACUAGGGCAUCUAGUGUCCAUGAAAUCCCCUAGGAAAGCAUUGGAGUGGGAGACAGGCAGAGGGUGUCUUCAAUCUUUUUCCAUCUUGGUAUACGGAUAACAAAAAAACAGCACGGUUGAGCAAAAUUGUACAUAAAGAAAUGAAUGCACUUACAAGAACACGAAUGUAACAGGCAUAUCUCCACUGCAAGUGAAACACAAGGAAUAAAUAGAUCUCUACCAAAGAAGGGGGAAAUAAUAACCAAGCGCGUUUCAUCCAGUAGGACUUCCACACAAUUCGAGUGAUACUGAAGGAAAAAAACUCCCAAUAUUAAAAUGUGCAUAGGGAUUUGGAAUAGUGCACAAGUAACUUUGGUUUGUAUGGGUUUUUUUUUUGUUUUUUUAUUGUAUCAGGAAUGAUGUGCUCAAUAUUAAUUGCUGCCCCCUGAGAGUAAUGGGUGCUUGAGCGCCGGACUUAGUUUUGUAUGUUUGUAUUUGCUUUUGUAUUACACAGCCAUGUUACAGUGCUGACACCCACCCCGUGUGUUCUCCAUUAAGGGUUUAUAAGUAUGGAGGGGUUUAGAAAAAUAUCCCUCUCUGUCCCAUUAGCGAUUUUAGCUGAAAGCAGCAAGGUGAAUUAUUAGUGUAGGACUCACCUAAGAAGAGGUUUUGCCUUGACGUGGCAGAUGAGCUUACACUUAAAUGGCUAUUGGAGUGAUACUAAAAACCUCCAGUUAUUUAAAGGGACACUCCAGGCACCCAGACCACUUCUGCCCAUUGGAGUGGUCUGGGUGCCAACUCCCACCACUCUUAACCCUGCAAGUGUAAUUAUUGCAGUUUUUUUUUUUUUUAUUAACUGCAAUAAUUACCUUGCAGGGUUAACUCCACCUCUAGUGGCUGUCUAGUAGACAGCCACUAGAGGGCACUUCCUGGUUUCUAGCACAGGAAACCUGUGCUAGAGCGUCACUGGACGUCCUCACGCUAUGUGAGGACCUCCAGCGUUGCUCAUUUACCCAUAGGAAAGCAUUUUGAGAUCAGUCUCACCCACCGGCCGACGCAACCACAGGGAGGAGCGUCACGGAGGAAGAAACAGUGACGUGGGACACCUCUUCAGCAACCAGGGAUUGGGGGGUGGGAGGGAGAGGGGACCUGCAGUGCCAGGAAAACGGAUUGUUUUCCUGGCACUGGAGUUUCCCCUUAAAUGUCCAUAAGGUUUUGGAUAGUGCGCAAGUAACUUUUUCUUUUCUUUUAAUAAGUAAAAGGCUGGUCACCACCAUGGACAAUAAUGUGGGUCCAUUUCAGCACCUGGCAUUUCAUCUGCCAGGAGCCCUUGUCGUGGUUUUUCUCUCACGCAUGUACAGGAGUACAACACUGAGGUCUGGAUCGAGCCCCCUUAGAUAAAAUCUUUGCAACACUGCAAUCAUUAGGGACAACCAGGGGAAAUGGCAAAACUUGACUAUGGUAGGUUUCUCAUUUUGUCUGAUUUUGUCAGGUGUAGGGAAUAUUCAUGAUACAGAUUAGUCCAUAAUUUGUCCUAUGGUAUCUUUUGACUGCUUUGGUAUUUUAGUGAAAUGCCAUCACAGUCAUUGUGAGUAUUUCUUGAAGAUUUUAUCUUUAUGAAAUAUUUAUGAGAGGAUGACAGUGCUACUUUAAUUAAAGUAAUAUUUUAGAAAACAUACUCCCAAACAUUCCUAGUCCUCUGGAUGAAAUAGCCAAAUAAUAAUCUCAGAUUUUAGAAAAGGUUUAUGGAGCAAAAUUAUAUGCAUGGCACGUAUUAUUGUUGGUAAGUAAAAUAAAUGUUGUGUGGGGUGCUGUUGUUAGAUUUUUGUAUUUUUGUGGUGGCUUACCAUUAUCUUUAUAUAGAUAGAUCUAAAUACACACACUACAUUUAAAAAAAAAAAAAAAAAGAGUUUUAGAGGAACAUUGCUGUAUUGAUGUAUUUUCAUUUUUCAGUGCUGUAUGUUGUGCUUGUGUUUAAAUCACUUAAUCAGUGCAGCUCUCCACAUCUCUGGCAAGAGUGCACGGUAUGAUGGCUUACCUUAAAAAAACCAUAAUGUAUUGCUGGCUCACUGCACAGCUAUGUGAACUUUGCUUACUGCUCGUAUUAAUCUAUAAAAGUGACAAGCUAGUUCUCACAUAGAACAUAGAAAAAGUUCUUCCUUAAAAAAAAAAAAAGCAAAUUAGCAAAAGUCCAUAAUCACAAUUUCUUUUUGAGUUAGAAAAAAACUGAAAAGACAAUGCUUGAACAUAAGUGUAUCAGAGGCAUGAUUGUCUUUUAAUAAAACUGAAAGGGUCUUAAUCCCACACUUUGGAUUAUGAACAUGUGCAGACUAGAUUAGCCUAAUCAAAGCCCCACGCCAGACCAUAUGCAGUGUCGGGACAAUCACAAACCUGAUUAAUACAUGUCAAAGGCUUAAUCACUCCACUGUCUGUCCUAUGACCUCUAAUACAUGGAUUAUUUUACAUUGGCAUCUUGUAGACUCGUUGCUGCUAUCUCCAUACUCUAGGAAUGCUGUACUUACAAUAUCUUAUGUUUUGCUAAAUUCAAAGUGCAAAGUUUAUUCAAUUAUUAUUCACUACCUCCUUAAAAAAAUACUAAUAUCUUUCAGUUGUAAUUUUCAGCCUUUUCUGAAUGAUAGUUGUUGGCAACAUUUCUGGUUCUUUUUUGUUUUACCCCCUAAAAGGGAUUUUAUUUAUAUAUAUAUAUAUUUUUUUUAUUUUAUUUUUUUUUAUCAUUAUUUAGAUUGUUUUAUCUGCCAUUUAUAUAAAAAUGCAGUUAUGCUACAACCAAGAGCUUUUCCUAUGAGAUCUGAUGUUAUAUCAGUUGUUAGGGUAAUUAAGUUCCAUACAUAUUGUACUGAUUAUGGUGCAUUUGCCUGGUUUUCUGUGACACUCUACAUUACAUAAAGCACUUUUCCUUUGCAGAUACUGCAAUAAGGCAGAAUAUUCACUUCCACGUUAUCCAUCCAAACUUGGAUAUUAAGACUGAGAGUGGUGGGCUAACAUGUCAGAUAGUCAUUCUUUUUUUAAGCGCCUGGCAAUGAGUACGUGACACUUGUAUCUAAAAAAAUUAAAAAGCAAACCCGCAGUGUGUGAAAGUGUCAUAAAUAAAUUCUGAUUGCUAAGAACAUGGGCUGCCAGCAAUGUAUUAAAUGAGCUGAUAAAUAGUGCAUUAGGCCAUCGCUACGUAUGUAAAAGUGAACUGCUGCAUAGCACUUUUAUAAUACAGUGACGGCUAUGUCUGUGUCUUUUUUUGCCUUGGAUACAAGUGUUCCUUCUUUCUAGAUGUUUAAUACUAGCUGGGAUAUAUACACACAUACUUUGUUUCAUGCUCUCACUAUUUACAGCCGCACUGUCAUGCCCAAGUUACCUUUCUCCUAUUGCUUUAUCUUCUCUUCCUCUCUGAAUCUGUUCCUCUUUUCUUCAUAUCUGAUCUAGUUUUCUUUAAAAUGUAAAACAAAUGAAGGGACUACUUUGUCUUAUGUAUUUUUCCUAUGGUUGACCUUCUUUGAUCAAAGGAGGAGGUUAAGUUGCUCCAUUUCCUGUGGUCAAAGAAAUUUUCCCACAAUACUCACCCUCUCCCCCGUGUUCAUACGUUGCUUCAUUCGCCGUUCGAACGUCCUUUAGACAAAGACAAACAUUGCUCUUUGCACCUACUUUACUAAUACUAAAUAAUUUUUAAAAUAUAUCAAAAUCAAAAAAGAAUCUAUUGGGAAUUGGCUUGCUUCAGACAAUAUAUUGACCAAAAGAGGUUAUGACCAGAUAUUUUUAUGCCAGAUAAAAUUAAAACCGAAGAACAGAUUGGUGAAUGGAAUAAUAUGUUGCUGGGCUGCUCAUCUAAGAUCAUACAUAGGCUUUUUAAUGAAAUUUGAACAAGAACAUCUGGACCAAAUCUGUAAAAACUUGGAGGGUGAAAUCACAAAGAUCAAUGAAUUUAACAAAAAUCUAAAUAAACAAAUAAAAAAAACAAUUAUACAUUUCAGAGAGAUUAUAGAGAUUUUAAAGACAGUGACAUCUUUUGACACAAAAACAGAUUUUGUAGGAACUCUUCAGAGGAGACAGAGUGGUCUGCAUCAGAUAUAACAACUUCACAUAGGAUUUCCAGCGAUAGACCCCCUGAACAUUUGCUUUUUAUGUCGAGGGGCAUUUUGAAACCUUCAGAGAAAAAAUUCUCCUCUUUCUAACACCCCAACCUCUUCUGGUCUUUACCUCAGUCCCAGAAUCUCCUGUUUUUAGAACAGGAAUGCCCCAUCCAAGGAGGGAACACCUUUGAGACAAAUGGAAGUGGAGAUACAAGAAUUAGAACACAGGCACAAUCCUGUUGAACAGCUGAUAAUAUAAUUAUCAAGUUAUCCAAAUUUGCCAAUGUUUACAUCCUUUUGUAUCAGAACUGCAAUCUCUUUUAGGAGAUACAAAUCAAACAUUCUUAGCUUUUGAAAAUUGGGUUGUAAACCUAUUUACUCUAAUAGCCAAUCUGAACAUUGUUUCUCUUUACUGUAAUUUCUCCCAUGACAAUGGACAAUUGGAUCGAUGUUCAUAUUUUCUCCAUAAGUCUAAUCACUUAAAUUCUUCUGAAAAAGAAAUGAUCUUGGCUUUGUUCAAAUUUGUGUUCUCACAUUUUUUUCACCUUUAAUGGAAAAUAUUACCUCUUGUUAAAGUGAACAGCCAUGAGGUACUUCUUACUAGGUUUUUUUGAGAAGAAACAAUUGUCCAUGUGCCCUCCAACUCUAAAUAUACAUCUCACAUUUGUAAGGGUUAUUAUAUUGAUGACAUUUUGAUUUUUUUCUGGGCCAGCACCAUAGCACUGUUUGAAGAAAUAGUAGAGGAAUUGAACAAUAAUGAUGUUGAUCUUAAACUUACACAAAUAGAUGAAUGUGAAUUAGGAUCCUACAAGAUUGGUAGUGUUGAAACUUACCUACACAGGAAAUCUAUAGCGCCCAACAGUAUGUUACACUGGGAGAAUGACUCUCUGCAACCUGAAAAUUGGGAUACCACAUGGCCAAUAUUUAAGCAAUAUGUUUUUUAAAGCAAAAAACAAAAACAAACAUCCACUACAAAAACACACACUGCAUUCUCUAAUCAAAUACUCUCACUGCAUCCACUACACACACACACACAUUCUUGAAAACAUAAAUUCUGACUGGCAUGUAUAUUUUGUGCAUAUUUUAAUAAGACAGAUAAUUUAUUCUAUGCAGAUAACUCAGUUUCUGAAUACCUGAGCAGUUAAUUUAAGGUUUAAAUUGUCAGUUUUGCUGAGGUGUCCGUAUUUUUUUUAAAUGCUACUAGCAAUAGCCCAUGCCAGAGCUUCUCAAACCUCUCCUAAAGGGCUGCUAAUGUUCCAGGAUUUACAGAUAUCCCUGUCUGAACUCUAUUUGAUAAUCCUUAAUCCUGCACCAUUAAUGAUUCUCAUGGGGGGAUGACACUGGUAUAUGCCUCUUCCAAUCAUUGUAUUAUGCAAGGCUUCUGCAUUAGCAUGCAUUUUUUCGUCUAUUUUAUUUUAUUGUAUUGUAUUUAUUUUUCCUGCAUCUGAUCACCAACAAAACUUGUAAACGUGUAGUAGUCAAUAUUAAAGAGGGAUUCCAGGCUGAAGCCUAUUAUUUGAAACUAUAUAAAUCAACCUGUCCACCUUCAUGUGGUUCAAUAUCUGUUCCUGUCUGUGAUAUGUGUUGUGACAUUCAGUGCUGUAGCACGGUAACCAGCAAGAAUAAAGUAAUUUAGAAAAGGGGAGGUGAGUGCUGUAGUGGUUAUGGUCCGUGGAGUAUUGCGUUAAGAUGCAGAAUGUUUCCAAAACUUUUAUUCUUCCUAUACAAAAAGUGUACAAAGAUUACACAUACAUGUAUGUACUUAAGGUAAAAGCAUUAAAAUGCAUAAAAGUUGUGUUAUCGUCUAUAAUCAUCAACCAACCACCCUCAAAAUAUAUAUGCAGUCAUACUUUCAUUCAGAAACUGACCAUGUAAAGAUUGUUUUUGAAGGCAAAUGAGGUGAUAACGAACAAAUGGUAAAUGUAAUUCACAACAGUAUUGGCAGGCAGAAUGGAACCUAUUAAAAAGAACAUAAAAACGACAGCGCAGACUGUAUAUAGUGGUAUCCGUGCCAGUGUCAGUGUAUAGAGGACACUCACGCAUUUAAGAGUCUGCUCUGAACUCGGGUAUUUUCAACACUCUCAGAAUGAUGUGGUAUGCCUGGUCCCAGCAAUAUUUUCUUCUAUAUUGAAAAUCAGUAACCAGUAGAGUAGUAAAUAAUAUACUUUAUUACAAAAUAUAAAAACACAACAAACUUUAGAGGUGAAUAUCUCAGCACAACGCAUUUUGACCACAAACGGUCUUCCUAAGGUUCAUAUCCCUAUAGAGUUCAAGUUAUCUAAUUUAUAUCCAAAUAAAUCAUAAAAUCCCGAACAGGUGUAGCAUUAUUAAUGCCCAAAUAUGGUAUUUCCGAGAUAAUCCGCCAUUACCCAUCGGGUGGAAAUUGUCAGGUGAUAUCCCGCAAGCAAUCCCAAACCUCCCAAUGUGUCAAAAAUCCACCCACAAUACCACUGUUCGUGUUCCACCUCUUCCGUCCAUUCCUUGCGUCGGACUGAGAUCUUCAAGAUUGUGCUCCAUUAAUUUUGUCAUGUGUGUUCCGGACGUCAUCACAUAGCAGUGAUGACAUCAUACAUCCAUGUCCUUAACCCAGAACUGGGACAGCCUGUCCCUUAAGUCCUCAGCCACCAUUUAAAAUAUGGGAAAGAAUAUGGGCAAUAAUAAAAGAGAACAGUGAGCAGUCAUAUAAAAGAGAGGAGAAUGAUUGAUGUAUAAAACAUUAAAUGAAUUAAUGGGGGGGAUAAAAUACAUAUAUCGAUUAAAAAUCGACAUUAAAAUUGAAAGAUUCAAACAAUGAUAAAAUUGUUAUGUGAUCCACAUUUAAAGUGCAAAAGUCAAAAUGAGUAGUAUUGCAAAUAAAAGAUUAAAUAAUUAUAGAAGGGUGCCAAUACCAAAAUCUAUAUUUAACCAUUUUGGGGACAGUGUCUGCAGUUCAAAUAUCCAUUUUCUCUCCUGUCUGUCUAGACUGCAGGUACUGUCCCCACCCCUCCAAUGAUUAGUCAGCAGUCUAGACACAGGAGUUAAAAUAGAUUUUUGAACUGCAGACACUGUCCCCAAAAGGGUUAAAUAUAGAUUUUGAUAUUGGCACACUACUAUAAUUGUUCAAUCUUUUAUUUGCAAUACUUAGAAACAUAGAAUGUGACGGCAGAUAAGAACCAAUCUGCCCAUCUAGUCUACCCAAAAUAAUAAUAAUAAUGCUACAACUCUUCGGGAUUUUACGAUUUAUUUCAAUAUAAAUUAGAGAACUAGAACUCUGUAGGGAUAUGCACCUGAGGAAGACCAUUUGCAGUCGAAAGGCGGUUGUGCUGAGAUAUUCACCUCUAAAGUUUGUUGUGUUUUUAUAUCCUGUAAUAAAGUAAUUUUGUUUACUUCUCUACUGGUUACUGAUCUUCAAUAUAGACGGAAAAUAUCGCUGGGACCCGGCAUACCACAUCAUUCUGAGAGUGUUGAAAAUACCUACUGAGUUUAGGCUCUUUAAUGUGUGAGUGUCCUCUAUACUUCUUGCACGGAUAUCACUAUAUACAGUCUGCCCUAUGUUGCUUUUAUGUUAUUAUUAAUAGGUUCCAUUCUGCCUACCAAUGCUGUUAUGAAUUACAUUUACCAUUUGUGCGCUAUCACCUAAUUUGAUUUUCAUGUAUGUAUAAGUGUUUUUAUGGCAUAACACUUGCCAACCUAUUAUCGUAAAGGGACCUGUUAAGUUAUUAAAUGAGUAAAUGGGUUCAAGGUAGUCUAAUGCCCUCUUGCUUGAUGUAACAUAAAAAAAUAUUCAUUUUGUUUUUCUUUUCCUUUCAGGACUUGUCCAGAUUCCAGUCAGUAUGUAUCAAACUGUGGUCACAAGCCUGACGCAGGGUAAUGGACCUGUACAAGUUGCUAUGGCACCAGUUACUGCUAGGAUAUCUGAUUCAACUGUCACUGUAGAUGGGCAGGCAGUUGAGGUUGUAACACUGGAGCAAUGACUGUCACGCCAAGGAAGAAUCAUGAUGUAAUUUCCUGUCUCCAUUGUGUGUCCUGUUUUCUGAUCUGAAGUGCUUCUGGACAUCCACAACGGAUGCUAUUCUGUGAGGUCCUGGGUGUUUGAAACGGAACUCCAAAUUAAGCAUCGUAAACCCUCAUUUUUGUUCAUUUUAGCUGAGCUGCUCAUUUGCUGUUUUCUCUUCCAUUUAAUUUAUUUGAAUACACACAUUUUUUUGGGAAGUGCAUCAGCCCAGGAGAGAACGUACCAUGCACUGAAGGGGAGAAGAAAAAAAAGCCAUGACUUUUUAUUUUCCCUUGUCUUCAUACUCUAGAUUCUUUAACUGCAUCUCAGAUUGCAAUAAAGGGGACUAUUCUGGAAGGAAAAAGGAAAAAAUGCUAGCUUUUAAUAUGUCCUUUUUGGGAGAUUGGGUUGGGGGUGGUGAGUGAAUGAAAAUGAAUUUAAGCUGUGUCUGCCCUUUUGUCCACCUACAUCUGUGGGUUGACUUUGUAAUAUACAUUUCUAAAUGCCUGCUUUGUAAAAAAAAAAAAAAAAAAAAAUUGGUGGAAAUAAGAUGUGCUCAAAGUCUGGCCAACAGCCUGUAUGUCAUUAGGCCACUGUACAAGAAAUUUUGAAAACCUUGAGUCUUGAAGCGGUACCAUUUCAUAGAUCAGGUCAGUCAGGAUCUAAUGAGGUUGUUUCUCCAGUUUAUGGUGGCUGCAUCAUCUGACUUUGUAGUACCUUCCACCAUCUCUUUUCUGAGAGAGAUUCACCUUGUGUCCUGAUAUUUCCCCUAGUGAUGACUACUAAACAUUUCUCUGGCAUGCUAUUAAUUUCUAGAAUUAAAUAAUCAAGUAGCUGUCUUUCAGCAUGAAGGAUGGAUCCAGGAAAAUACAAAAAUAAAAAUGCAAUUGCCAUCUAGUGUAAUCAGUGCUUCUAUGAAAUUGAUUGUUUCUUGCCCAAAAUAAAAUUACAUAUGGGCUAAAAUACAUUCACACACAGUAUUGUGUUGAAUAAAAGUUGGUGUAAACUGCUUAAAAAGAGAACAUGAUAGAUACACACAUCUAAAAUGUAUACUUCUAAAAUGUUCAUAUAAUAAUUGUGCUAAUGUGCGUUGAUCAUUUGGACUUUGUUUCUUGCAUAUUUGUGUUGCUAGGCAUCUAUGUUAAUAUCACAAUGUUCUCUGGGAUCAUUCAAUGAUCCAAAGUCCUGAAUUACUUUCUAGUAGGCUGUGAGAUUCUUAAUAUUCCCUGAGCAACUUACUACUCAUAUGUCAGGCAUGCAUUUUUUUAACUAAUAAAACGUACAAUUGAUCACAGCUAAUAAAGGAACCAUAGAAAAGGUAAUUUAGGACAACACAUUGCAAAUUUUUUUUUUUGUGUGGUUGAUUAUCAUUAUACAUUUCUGUGCACAUUAACAAUGAUCACCUUUUUUUGCGUUAUUAGUUACUCUGAGGACUUGUGGAUCCACGUUUAAUGGAACCUGGGUUUUGUGUGCCCAGUGACCUUUUUCCCUGAGUGCGGUGUGAUGCUAUGGUGGAUUAUACUUUAAUUGCUGACGACCAGAAUGAAAUGCGAAUUGGUCGUUUUGCUCAUGAACAGCUCUUGGAUAAAAUGUCAAGAUGGCACAAAGUUACAACACUUGUUUUUACAAAUCUUAUUGAGAUUAUUACAAUUUGUGAUCUCCUCUUCUACCAGAGGUUUAUAAAUCAGCGUUAUCUUCCUUUUUCUUGUAAAUAUCAUAAAUUUAGAAGAUAGUGUAGGGAAAGACUGUUUUAGAGAUUUUUUUUUUUUUUUUAAACACAAACAUGAUGGUGACAAUGUAUCCUCAUGGUUUGGCUUUCUAGAUCAGGUUUAGAAGGGCUGAGCGGAGCUUCAUUGCAUCUGAUAAAGUAAUCCAGACAAAUUAACCUUGUCACUGGGAGUAGUCUACUUUAUAAUCGUAGUUCAGGUGUAACUCAUGUUUUACCAUUGCUACUCGUGUCAUGUGUCAUGUUUUUAGAUUUGAAACAUUUGGGUUAUAAAUUAAGUCAUAAGGGUUUUAGUUUUACACUUUGCUAGUUUUAACUGAGAAAUCAUGGACUUCGUACUGUUGAAAGAUUUGUAAUGAUGACCAUGAUGCAUUAUCCAAAUUUAUGAAAUAUUUUGAUCCCGGGGGGGCAGGGGGGGAGGAUUUAGGUUGUUUCUUUUGCAGAGUUUUUGAAUUCAUUAUAUAUGCAGUCUCUUACUUGCUGCUUUUAAAUAUCCAUGUAUCACAGUAACAUAUGUUCGAAAUAUGCAGGUUUAAGAGAUAUAUAAAACAAUAGGAAUGAGUAUUUGAGAGUUUAUUCAGAUUUAUGGAUUAAAAUCCGAUUCCCCAUUUCUUGUUUUGUGUGAGCGCCAGUUUGCUUCCAAAGACAAUUCCAUCCGUUUUCAGUAAGCUUUGUAUAUACAAAUGAUAUGAACUAGCAAUUCUUUGUCCUCGUUAUUUUUUUGCCUUGAAUUAUUUUGUCACCUUUCCUGCUGUAGGUAGGAUUGCUGUGUCACUUGGGGGCCUGUGUCCUGGUUAGGAUUAUUUAAAUACUUCUGCUGUGUUUUAUACAGAAAUAUUGUAUGUAUAUUAUUUGGUUUUUCUUUGCUACUCCAUCAAUGUCUAGGGCAAUGUUGAUAAUCUAUUAACUGGUCUAGCCUCUAGAACAUUUUAUUUUUAUCUGUUUUGAGGAUUCCCAAUGACUGAAUUGUUUUGUUUACUGCAACAAAAUGUAUAACCGAGAAAAUACAUUGAAAAGAGAAAAAGAAAAUUGUAUCUCUGAAAUGUAUCUUGGCAUUGAAUGAAAUAUGUCUUACUCUUUCAGUGUGUGCUGCAUUGAGAAAAUAAAUUGUUUAAAAUGUGUGUAUCCGUAACUUGUAUGAGUAACCAUUCAUAUAACAGAUGUUGACCAUAUUAUAAAGUCAUAGAGAUGGCAAAUGUUUCCUCUGCAUCUUUAUAGGCAUAACUGAAGCCAUCAAAUGCAUAAGUACUAUAUAGUAGCUUAUACAACCUAAAUCAUUACAGAUAUCUGAUAUCUGCCAAUUAUCAUGUUUUUUGUUUUGUAUUUUAUAAUAAAAACUAGUUUAGAGUGACUGAAUAAAAUAUGGUAAUAUAAAAAAAUUUUUAGUCGUGAAUUAAAAAAACAAAACAGCAAAUCUAAACAUAGAGCCAUUGUAUGCAUUGUCUGAAACCCCUAAGAAACUUUUAUAUUUUGUCCCGAAAGCUGUAUUUCUGUG